GUCUCGCGAUACCCGCCGUGCUCCACCCACCGGCCCUGUGAGCUCUGGGGGAUGUUUGUCCGCCAUCGCGGAGGAGUUUUAGUCAGUGCCUGAGCAGACAGCCCCCUCCCCGGCCCGGCGCUGCACACACAGCCGGCGGAGCCUGCGGAGGACGCGAGAGGGUGAGCGGUCAGGCGGAGGAGCCCCCCAGCUCGCUGACAGGCCGGGCCCGGGGCCUCCUCACACCGACACCCGCCAGGGAGGAGGAGGGGGGACACAAGGAGGGGCCCCGGGGCCGAGACAGGACGAGCAGCCGCCGACAUGUCGAACCUCCACAAAGCCCCCGGGAAGAAGGACACCAAGAUGAGGAUCCGGGCAUUCCCGGUAAGCGGCACAGCCUGGGGGGCAGGGGGGGCCAGGGAGGGCGGGGGCCGCACCGUGAGGCGGGGUAAUGGCCAGGGAGGGGGGCUAUAGGCUGUGCAAGUGGCCCAGCUCGCCUCAUGCCGGGGCAUUAAGGCUGUGGGGGGAUUCCUAGCGGUGACAUGGUGAUAGCAGACCGCAGUGGCCAUCCUUAAACGCUGCAGCUGUGACCAUUGAGCCGGGCAUCCUGGGAAAUGUAGUUCACAGCUGCUGCAAUGACAGGUUAUUAUCUAUAUAGCGCCAUCACAUUCCGCAGCGCUGUACAAUGGGUGGACGAACAGACAUGUAGUUGUAACCAGACAAGUUGGACACACAGGAACAGAGGGGUUGAGGGCCCUGCUCAAUGAGCUUACAUGCCAGAGGGAGUGGGGUAAAGUGACACAAAAAGGUAAGGCUAGUAUUAGAUCAGGGUUAGGCAGCCUUCUGCACUCCAGAUGUUGUGGACUACAUCUCACAUAAUGCUCGCACACCCAUUAUGCCAUUAAAAAAGCAUCAAGGAAGUUGUAGUCCACCGAAUCUGGAGUGCUGAAGGUUUAUUACCAUGGGUGGCCAACAGAUAAAUUGCCCAGCAUUUAUAGAACUACAACUCCCACGAUGCUUUGCCAGUCCGUGCUAUCCAUUGUAUACUAGAGCUGUUCCAUGUCAUGUGUGCAUCCCUGUUUAUCUUUUCUUUAUAUCCUGCUCUACUUCCUUGACAAUGACUAGACUUGGCUGCAAACUAAUAAAAGGAGGCGAAUUGUACCCACCCCCUGGUCCUGAUGAGGUGAAAGGGUUACUGUCUCCCAGGAAUACCACUGACCUUUAACUUUACCUUUUUAUUCAGCUUGUAAAGGAUAUUACAGACUCCGUCUUGACGACUAAUAGAAACCAGCACACAUUUACAGUAUAGAAGUAUAUCAUUUACAGGGUUAAAAUUGUUUUUCAGGGAGGUACUGUAAUGGAAAACAAAUUCAGUCACUAUUUUUUUAUUUUUUUCCCACCUCACCCAAUCAUGAUUUGAGCAGUGAUUUUAAAGCGCUGGUGUCCAACUUUCAUAUUGUAUAAUUCUGCUAAUCGCACUUGGAUCCCUUUAGCUUAGCUUCAGGAUCAUAAUUCUGCUUCCUAAAUAAGUGGUAAAUAAUGCUGGCUUAUGGUAUACUCGACUAGUUGUUCUAGUUCUGUGUAUCUAUCAUCAACAAAAUAUUGGGGUGACAGAUUAAGGUGGGUGUUCAUUGUGCCAUUGAAGUCACACCAUAGUUGGUCACUAGAAAUGUUUUGAUAGGUACAGUAAUUCACUUUGGUUGUUUUUAUUACAUUUGCUAGCUGUUUGAUUACACUGGAUAAAAUCAGCAGCUCUAUAAAACUGAAUUCUGUAAUGUCAUUCAUUACAUCAUAAGUUUUACAAUUCAAGAGCCAUGUCUCCUGUGUUAACUUGUGGUUGCAGCUACUCUGUGUUCAACCAAGCAUGCCAAUUGAGAAGUAGAAAUGCAAACAUCUGGGCAAGUAACAAAGCGUAUCAAACGUAUAUGGUCACCAGAGGUGUCUGUUUAGCCAUAGAACUGAGGUAAAUGUUAGCUUUUCUUUCCAUAAAAUGUUUUAAACAAACUUAAUUUGUUUUGUAGUUGGAAGUGUCAAAGGUGGAAUGCAAGACCUUUUUAUAUAUAUAAAAAAAAUAUAAAAAAAUUAGUCUAAGCUAGCUGUGGAUUUUUUGUUUCUCUUAAAUAAGUUCUACAGGUGCCAGGAAGAGUAUGUGUGUAUGUAAAAUCUCUGAAUGUGUAUGAUUGUGGGAAAUUAAUCUUUGUUAGAUGCCUUCCUAUAUCUAUUUUUGGUAGUGCCUGAAAACAGCAAUAUAAUUAAUGAAAGUGUAUCUUUUUUAUUUUUUUGCAAUAUUGAAAUCCUACUUCACCUUGGUGUAACUUCCCAUUUAGGUGCUUAAAAAAAUUAAAGCAGCUGCUAAACAUUAUAAAAACAAAAAACUGCUUCUUUUAUAGGGUCAAAGAAGUUGAAAUAAGUCUUUAAUUAUCAGGAAAUGUUUAUUGAUUUUAAAGGAGAUCUCAAUCAGGUCUCUUAUACUUUUAUAUUUAUCAGGAGAGAAUCAGGAACCUCCACUAAUUUUCUGAAGUUGUGCUUGGUUCAGCGUGGGUAUAUAUAACAUUCCAUUCCUGCUUAGUAAGAUUUCAGUUCAGUGUUUUUCAGGGCUCUUCAAUAAAUUGAACUGAGAAUGAGUCUUCAAUUGUUAGACUAAAAUAGUGGAGUUGGAGUUUUAUAGUUGGUCUAUUUCAGCAAUUGAAUCUGCAAUUUUUAGUACUACAUUUUGAAGUUCCUUCUCGAAUGCUCGGCAAUUCCUGUCUUCGUAAAUGUCCCCAUGAGUGUUUGAGAUGUGUGAAUAAGCAUCCAUUUGAUGUUAUUUACAAAAAUAUUCUUCUGGGGUCUUUGUUCAGUUAUCCUAGUCUUUAGUGCAACUAGUAAAAAGUAUAUUGCGUACCUGCAACUCUAAAUAUAAAGGUUGUUGACGUUACCAAGAAAACGUUUUUUUUUUUUUGUUACUUUGAACAUCAAAUUGGAGAAGAUGGGUAAUUUAAGAGACUUUGACCAUGAUGUGAUGGUGGAUUCUAGAUGUUAUAGUCCCGAUCCCUAUAGGGUCAACUAAGACUUGUUCAGUCAUUGAUGUUUACAGAGUGGUGUAAUAAGAAAGUUUAGAAGAAUAUAGUUAUGCCUACUAACACUUCUGGUUAAUGUGCUGUCAAAGUGAGGUGGACAAGCUUUUACAAGCAGACGAGGAAAUAUUCAAACAACCACUCUUUAAAAAAUAAAUAAAAAUAUUUUUUUUUAUUUUUUUUUAUUCUUUAUAGAGUGCAAGAAAUAACAUAGUGUUCAGUAAGCCACAACAGACUCUGUACACAGAGUGAUAUCAAGUCAUAUAAAACAGAGUUAUGGCAUUCGUAUAUAUCGCACAUUUUUUAGAUUUUAUAGUAUGCUUAAAUUACAAGCUAACUAGUAAAUGGCUGGAGCUACUGUUAAGGGAAAGUGGCUGAGCUUUGCGUAUAAAUAGGCAUGUUGCUAAUCAUUUUAAAGUAAUACAAUAAGUAAAGCAUGAGGGAAUGCAUAUAGCUAACAGCUAAUAAAGACAUGCUGUUAUUGUGCCACUAGGUCCCAGUCGCAGGCUUCUUAGUUAGAAGUAGCUCUGUUUUGCCCAAAGAACAUAAUAAUAAAACAUAAGCAAAGACAGAAGAAAAAGGACACAAGAACAAAAACAAAAUACCCCUAGUUGAGAAUAAGCUGGGGCGCAUAUAUGGCCUGAGUCCUUGUGGCUGACAGGUAGCAUUGUGCUGUUAGUUCAGCCUAUGCCCGAUAAGUAAUGUCCAGACUGCCAAGAAUAGUGUGAGCUCCCUUUCGCCGUCUUAUAUAUCUGCCGUCGGUGUUGUCUCGUAUAUGCGUGCGCUGUGUGGCUGUGGUGUACCUGGUCCGGGCUGUAAUCUGGAGCUGUCGUUGGCUGGGUGUGAGACGGGCGGGUUAUCUGUCCGGACGGUGUUGGCGGUGUGGUGGGCAGUUGAUGUCUGCAGGCUUUCAUUCCGGUUGUGGAGCUUUGUUUGUUGUGGGCCGUGAUGACCCUGUCAGGUGGAGAGGGGUCCGCACGAGCCUCCCACAGGAGUCUUUGGCGCCUUUGCUUCAUUAUUGUGUGUUGUCUUGGGGCGGUCCAUGUCCCUCCGUCGCUUCCACCACCGGGCCACAGUGCCCUGCACCCGCUCUUUCAGUGGCAACGCUUUGCUUGGAAGCUUUGCAUGCUUGCGAGGGGGUGUGUGGCGGCGUGCUGCUGUUGUGGCUGGUUUCUGUACUGGUUGCGAGCUUCUCUCCCGCAUUCGUUCCCAGAAUCUCAGGCAAACAGCAUCGAAGUUAGCAUUGAAGGCUGCUGCCCAUUCUUCAUUAGUCUGCUGCAUCAGUUUAGCGGCUGCACCGUCGGCCAUCUUAGCUGGGCCUUGUGGGGUCGCCUGAACGACUUUGUGUCGGGAUGUGUCCCAGAGGUGGGUGCUCUUAGGGCGCUGGUGGACCGGUGCCCUUCUUCACUAGGGGCUUCUUUUGUGGCAGGGGGAGAGCGGCCGUCUCUCCUGCUCCCGCCUUUCGAGUAGGACUCAGUUACUUGUUCUGCAAAUAGUGCUCGGUUCGUCGUUUGAUGGGUAUCUUUGUGCUCAGAUAUUUGUCCCCUUUCAGUUGCUGGCUUUGUUGGGCCGAUUGGUCGCCGUUUGGGUCGUGUAAAGUGGCUUUUCAUGCGGGCUAUAGCAGGAGUCCUUGAGGAUGUCGACCGCUCGGCUCUGCAGUCAGGCUAUAAAAUAUGUAUGUAUGUAUGUAUGUAUGUAUGUAUGUAUGUAUGUAUGUAUAUAUAUUAGUAAUUUUUUUUAUUUUAUAUAUUAAAGGGGCGCCAUAGUCACCAGAACUACAGCUUAAGGCAGUGUUUACAUUGCCACCUAGGGACACUGGGUCUUCUUGGGGCAGUGCUGCAUGGAGACACAGAAUUUUCCUCAUAGAGCUACAUUAAUUCACUGCAUAUCUAUGAGGGGAUGCUGACUGGCCAACCUAUUGUUUGGCCCGGCUUCCUUGUCCAUUUCAGCCAAUCCUAAGCUUUCACUAUGGUAAAGCAUUGGAUUGGCUGAAAAUGGUAAAUCCUGAUGAUGUCAGCAGAGGCUCACUAAACAGCACUUGAGAACUGCCUCUAGGCUGCCACUGAUCUAUAGAAUAUUCCGUUAAAGGUCCACUGUAGUGAUAAGUAUGCUGGCCUGGUUCCCUGGUAAUGGGGCAGUCUGUUUAGUAACGAUUUUGCCUCUAACCUGGUCCCUGCUGGGCUACAAGGCUCCUUUUUUGUUGGGUGACAUGCUUCCGUUCUUGCAGAUACCGACCCAGUCGCCAUUCAUUGGCUGAGUGUUACGUGACUGCUCUCAGCCAAUGGCAAUAAUUUACACUGCACCCAGACCACUUCAAUGAGCUGAAGUGGUUUGGGUACCUCCAGGCACCAUAACAAUUUAAUUGGAAUUAAGUUGUUGUGGUGCAAAGAGGUCUCUGGCUCAUGAAACGGUUCAUGAACGAUUUAAAGGACCACUAUAGUGCCAGGAAAACAAACUAGUUUUCCUGGCACUAUAGGGUCUUUAGGCCCCCCCCACUCUCAGGGUCCCACUCCCGCCAGGCUGAAGGGGUUAAACACUUUCCUUUCACCAGCGUCGGGUUCCCUCGGCACUGGGGAACUCUCCUCCCUCAGCCGACAGCGCCGCAUGUGCUGUGCGACAAGAGCAGCGUGAGCAUUCAAACAGUCCAAAGGAAAGCAUUUCUCAAUGCUUUCCUAUGGACGUCCAGCGUCUUCUCACUGUGAUUUUCACGGUGAGAAGCGUGGAAGCGCCUCUAGCGGCUGUCUGCUAUGUUUACAUCUGAAGUGUUAAAACCUGUGGGACCUGGCACCCAGACCACUUUAUUGAGUUGAAGUGGUCUGGGUUCCAAUAGUGGUACUUUAACUCCAAAGUCGUCUUUCCAGUCCUCUGCUGCUGUUCUUCAAACUGGAUGCUUCAGAGUGCCGCUGACAGGGACAUCGCUGAUUGACCGAGAGCAUCCGCUCAUGCUAGGAGUCUAAUCCUAUCAGCUGCCCAUUCACAAAACGGUUUGAAAUUUUUUUAUUUUUUUUUUCUCCUUCUCAAACUUUUUUUCAUAAAUAAGACUGUCGUUAAACCACUCAUGAAUGGUUUAGCUUCUAAAGGUAAGCUGAUGCCAGGCACUAUAACAACUUAAGCACACGAGGCAAUAUGAAUGAAUUAUUUUAAAGGGCAUUGUGGAUUUUUUUGUAAGGAAGAGUGUGUUUCUUUCUAAUGAAGUCAGUCACUUAUUGGUAAAUGGUUAACCAGUCUAGCAAUUUAUAGUUUGCUUUUGUCCUUGCAUGUUUGUGGUCUCUUUUGGUAACCUACUUUUUCAAAGUUCCUUUGCCUGCAUUUAGCCUUGCUUCUAAACAGCUUUUUUAAAUUGUAGUAAUUUUACAAUCUUGCUAAAUAUCUCUUCAAUGAGACCUCAUCGUGUAUUAAUGUACUAAAUGUAGAACCUGUUAACCCCUUAAGGACACAUGACAUGUGUGACAUGUCAUGAUUCCCUUUUAUUCCAGAAGUUUGGUCCUUAAAGGGUUAAAUUCCUGGCAUGGCAGGUAGCAGCUGACAAUGUUAUGUUCUAUUAAAGGGACUCUCCAGUGCCAGGAAAACAAUCGGUUUUCCUGGCACUGCAGGUUCCCUCCCACCCCAUCCCUCGGCGCUGGUUCAAGGUCUGUCCAUGCUCCGCCGGCGGUGGGGGAGACCUAGUGUGCCGCGCAUGCGCAUUAGACCUCCCCAUAGGAAAGCAUUGAAAGAUACUUUCAAUGCUUUCCUAUGGGGAAUUUAGCGAAGCUGGAGGUCCUGACAUAGCGUGAGGACGUCCAGUGACGCUAUAGCACAGAAAAUCUGUGCUAUAAACCAGGAAAUGCCCUCUAGUGGCUGUCUAGUAGACAGCCACUAGAGGAGGAGUUAACCCUGCAAUCUAAAUAUUGCAGUUUAUGAAAACUGCAAUAUUUACAGUUCCAGGGUUAAGGGUAGUGGGAGUUGGCACCCAGACCACUCCAUUGGGCAGAAGUGGUCUGGGUGCCUGGAGUGUCUCUUUAAUGUGUAAUGUGUUGAUAUUUACAUGGUAAAGAAACAAAUUAGAAUACUUUCUUCUUGCAACUAUGCAGUGGAACUUUGUGUGCACUGCAAAUUUGAAAUCCAAUUGGCACAUUUUGUUUACUUUUUCCAUAAUACUUUAAAAGGUACAAUUUACAAAAAAUAAAAACAAAUCAGUUUUGCUUAUUUUGUAGACCACUAAAGUUACUAAAUAAACACACCCACACAUUUAAAAAAAAAAAAAUUAAAAUAUAUAAAUCACUUUGGAAAUCCCUAAAGUUUGUGUUUGCAAUUAUUGCACAUUGCAGAAAGUGCCUUACUGUAAAAAUCAUACUUUAGUAGUUUCUCGAUUUUUCAUGCAUUAAGUGAAGCUGGUGAGAUAGCGUAGUGAGCUAAUGCAUCAUCAGUUCAACCCUAGGGGUCGCAGGUUCAAAUCCCGGUAGAUAAAAUGAUUACCAUUAAAUUGGGUAAUAACAUCCCCUGGAUGUUGGGCAAAAGUAACAUCCCCAGAAUUUAUUCUUCUUCUUCUUCAGACGUUUUCCAGUUCAGCUAUUGUGUCCUUAAAGCGGCACUAUCAUGCCGAACUUACCUUUCCUUAAUCGCUUCCUGUUCUGAGUCUGUUCUUCUUCUUUUCUGAUUUAAGUUUUCUUUAAAACAUAAGAAAAGUAAAGUCUAUGUUGUCUCAUGUAUUUUACCUACGCUUGGCCAGCUUUGACCUAAAGGAGGAGCUAUGUCCCCUCCAUUUUUUGUGGACAAAGAAAUUUUCCCACAACACUCUCCUCCUGCUGCUUCAUUCCGUUCAAACGCUGGCGAAACUCCUGAAUGUCGUCCCAACAGAAUGAGACUAGUUUGUCCAUUCUUGUUGGGAAGCAAUUUUAUACCUUUUUUUUGUUCGGUUAGCAAUUUCAUUCAAAUGAAUUAAAUUCCAAUCCAAUUCGUGCCGCAGCUGUGUCUUGCAGCCGCUUAGUAGAUAGCUCCCUAAUUCCAACAACAUUGAGGAGCCAUCUACUUAAAGGCCGAAUGACCAUGCUCUGGAUAGUACGCUGACAGACACAGCAAACCUUCUUGCCACAGCUCACAUAGAUUUGCCCUCCUGGAUGAGCUACACUACCUGAGCCACUUGUGUGGGUUGUAGACUCCGUCUCAUGCUACCACUAGAAUGAAAGCACUGCCAGCAUUCAAAAGUGACCAAAACAUCAGCCAGGAAGCAUAGGAACUGAGAAGUGGUCUGUGGUCACCACCUGCAGAACCAGUCCUUUAUGGAGGGUGUUUUGCUAAUUUCCUAUAAUUUCCACCUGUUGUGAAAUUGAUUGUCACUCAGUGUUGCUUCCUAAGUGGACAGUUUGAUUUCACAGAAAUGUGAAGUCCUUGAGAAUUCCCAUCCAAACCAUGGUGUACCUUUUUUUUUUUUUUUUUUUGGUUUCCUGAGCAAGUAACCCGUUUCAAUCCUUGGAAAGCGCUAAGCAGGGAUCUCUGAGAAACGCUGAACAUGUUCUUGUCAGUGUCUUUAUUUUUCUACUAGUUGAAUAUACAUCAAAGCUUACCAGGUGCCUAGAGCAUACAUUUAAGAUCUAAACAUUAAACUCAAAAUAUAAAAUAUUAUUUGAUUUCACAGUGACCCAUUCUUGAAUUACAAUUGUUUGUAAUCCAACAACCAAGACUUAAUGUAUGAGAUAACCAGGGUUGCCCAAAAGUAGGUAUACAAUAUAGUCCCAUUCUACGGAACUUGCUGGCGCUAUAUAAGUUAAUAAGUCUAUUUAGAUUUUAAGAAAUCUUUUAUCUGGCCUCCACUAUUUACAACUGCCACACUGAUCUUUAAAUGCCUGAAAUUUAACACUGCCACUUUUGUGUGUAUGAAUACAAAUAUAAUCUGUUGAUGAAUUUCGUUGAUUCGACUGAUAAAUACAUUUUUUUUUUUUUUAAAUUUAAGUUAUUUCUGGACAGAAACCUGAUGGCUAAGACUUGUAAAAAUAUGUUGCUCGCACCAAAUGUUUUGUUAUUUUUAAUUUGUGAAAUUUUUUUUACAAAUUGUAGCUACAAAUAUAUUGCAGUCGUCCUGCGGUCAGUGCGGCCUUUCCAGACCAUGUGCUCACGAUAUCAGUCUACAGCAAUUCCUGCAGGGGGACUGCCUAGGUUGUCGGUCAGUCCCCCAAAGCGGAAGCUAAUGUGAAAACAAAGUAUUAAAGCAUAUUAUUAAUUAAUACUUGGAUCAUAUAUCUAUAUUCUAAGUCUGGACUUGACAAAUUUGCUUGGAAUCUAGGAGCCAGAAGGUUGGCAAUCUUUAUUUGCUCUUGGUUUUCAGUUUUACUUUCAAGACAGAAGAAGAGUUGGACAAAUAUAAGGCUGAAACGACUCAAAAUAGUUGAGCAUUCAAAUGAGUGCACAUUAGUCAUAUACUGUUAGCAAAGCAUAUUAUCUAGAAGAAGCAAAUGGAACACAUUGAAUUGGCAUGUAAACAGUUAUCAAAACCUGCCAUCUAGUGUUUCUUGUAACCAACCUUUUUAACCAGAGAAACAGUGUUUUCAAAGUGGGUAUAGCAAAUGCAUAAGGCAUUGUAGACUAAGAGAGGGGGAAAAAAAGAGUGUGGGACUUUUCCCACCAACCGACCCAACAGUGACAAGUGACUCUCAUAUAGGGAAAGGAGUGGUGUCCAUAAAGUCUGGGGUAGGAGUUUAAUCCCUUGGAAUUUAGUAAUCGAAUAGGUAUGCAUCUGCAUAUACGUUGUUAUCCCGUUCCGUGAGUCACCCCAGUCUCCCUUUUCCACCUAGCGAUGAAUUAAGGAAGCACUCUACCACCUCAUGUCAUCAGCAUCCCAUUUAGGACAGAGACCUCCCUGGUGAUAUGUUUACAAGAGGCGCAAUUCUCUUUAAACUGUGUUAGAUCCCUCUGUAGGAGGGGUCUACCUUUUGAUAGAGGCAUAGUAGAUUUUCAGUUGAAAGUAAUCCGUCAAGACCAGUUGGAGCUCCAUUAUGGUGUAGUUCGGUUAGAGUUUUAAGCUGACCACCAGAGCACUACUGUCGAACAUAUGUCCAGUCUGAGACCUGGGCAACUCGUAUGUUUGCCAGAUCCAGCCCCCUCUCCCACUCACCAAAUCAGGGUUGUUUGUUAUGGGUGUCAAAGGGUUAGGGUUGGUAAUUAGAUGUAACAGGAAACACUGGGAGCACCAGACCCUGAGGGUGGUGUCUAUCGAUGGGUUACCAGUGCACAGUGUACUGAGUGUGGAUCCACCAUACCAGAGCAGAGAUAUGGGACCUUUCCACCUGCCUGCUUCAGCUCUAGACUCACCCACCGCUUUUGAGGGGAGCAGACAUGCCAUUCAGCAACUUCGAGUAAGAAAGCUGCUUAAUAAGUGAGCAUGGCUGGGAGACCUCCCAAACCAUACCGCUACUUGCUUUUUCACGAAUUGAUUGAUUGCGGUAUUUAGCGAUUGGGGAAAAAACUGCAUAGGAAUCACCAUUGUGAUAGUGUCUAACAAUUACAGGAGACACUGUAAGAUUUAUUAUUAAUAAUAAUAAUAAUAUUAUUAUUAUUAUUAUUAUUAUUAUUUUAUAUUAUAUAUAAUUUUUUUUAUUUUAAUUUUUUUACUGAGUUGAUGCAGCCGAAACCAGGAGAUCUGAUCAGACCAUCACAGCGGGUCUGCUUGUAUCGCCUGAAGGGUAGGGAGAAAUUUUUGAUUUUAAUUAUUUAUAUUUAAUUUAUGUUUCAUAAAUGUUUGAUGUAAAAUGAAAGUCCUAUUGCCAGUGAACAUAAUGAUAUACAAUAAGUGUGGGUGCACUUAAAGGACCACUCUAGGCACCCAGACCACUUCAGCUUAAUGAAGUGGUCUGGGUGCCAGGUCCCGCAAGGGUUAACCCAUUUUUUUUUUUUUUUAAUAAACAUAGCAGUUUCAGAGAAACUGCUAUGUUUAUAAAUGGGUUAAUCCAGCCCUCAAAGCCUCUAGUGGCUGUCUCAUUGACAGCUGCUAGAGGCGCUUGCGUGAUUCUCACUGUGAAAAUCAGUGAGAGCACACAAGCGUCCAUAGGAAAGCAUUGUAAAUGCUUUCCUAUGAGACCGGCUGAAUGCGCGCGCAGCUCUUGCCGCGUGUGCGCAUUUAGCCGAAUGGGAGGAGAGGAGGAGAAGGCGGCGGCGGAUCGGAGGAUGGGAGGAGGAGAGCUCCCUGCCCAGCGCUUGAGAAAGGUAAGUUUUAACCCCUUUCCUCUCCCCAGAGCCAGGUGGGAGGGGGACCCUGAGGGUGGGGGCACCCUCAGGGCACUAUAGUGCCAGGAAAAAGAGUGUGUUUUCCUGGCACUAUAGUGGUCCUUUAAUACAAAAGAGGUAAAUUAUGGUUGAACACUGUUCCUAAAGCAAAAUAAACACUGGGUUCACACCUGCCUUUAUUUUUAUUCGGUUAUAAUUUAGUUGUAAAUUAUCAUAAUAAAUUUUAAUUAAACUAACCUGUGUUAAGGGGAUUUUCCAUUGAGGUAUUCCAAUUAGAAGUUGGUAAACUGUAUGCCCUUACCUUGCAUUUAUUUUUUUAGAUUUACUUUUUUUUUUUGACAAUUUUUAUUGAGUUUUUGUUGUCAAGGGAUACAGAAGAUAAAAAAGGGGGGCAGGGGGAAAGUUCACAUUGGUGUACAAUAAUAUCAACACAUUUGACAUUCCCUGACAUUUACACUGAGAUAUAUAUAUAUAUAUAUAUAUAUAUAUAUAUAUAUAUAUAUAUAUAUAUAUAUAUAUAUAUAUAUAUAUAUAUAUAUAUAUAUAUAUAUAUACAUAUACAUAUACAUACAUAUAUAUACACAGACAAAACCAAGAGGGCUGCACUCACCUAAACAUGCAUACAUUAUAGGGUGCUGCUGGGGCCAAAAUAUACAAAAUACAGAAUCCAGCGCACUCGCUUAUUCACUAAACAAUGCUUUCAAAAUUUUAGAGAUUGUAAUAGUUUUAUUUAAAAAACACCUCACCUAGGCAAAAAAUAAUGGGGGUUUAGUUACAUUAUAUGAUCAUAUAUUGCAUAAGCCUGCCACAACGUCAAUGUACCCCAUUAGCCUUGACUUGCAGAGAGUCCCAGUAAGGAAGUAUUUCCCAAGUAAGUGGAUCAAUCUCAUAAGGGCAAGCAUUAGGCUGCUAGAGUAGGACCUGCCAAGAAUGGGGUACAUUGACGUUGUGGCAGGCUUAUGCAAUAUAUGAUCAUAUAAUGUAACUAAACCCCAUUAUUAUUUUUGCCUAGGUGAGGUGUUUUUAAAAUAAAACUAUUACAAUCUCUAAAAUUUUGAAAGCAUUGUUUAGUGAAUAAGCGAGUGCGCUGGAUUCUGUAUUUUUUAUAUAUACAUAUAUAUAUACCAUACCACUUAUAUACUCCAUAUAUAUAUAUAUAUAUAUAUAAAAAUUUUGUUCUUUGGCCCUUGUCCCUUGGGGACUUCGAUCCCGCUUGCAAUCAGGAGGGAAGGGUGCAGGAGGGGGGAAGGACAAAGGGACCUGUGUAAGGGACUCGGAAAAGCCUUUGGCAAGCGACAUUCCAUGCCAUGGUUCUUGCCAUCUUGUGACAACCAAUGCUUAUUCCUCCCACCACCCCAGCCGUGACAAGGCCCUCCCAUUCUUUGGCCUAUCUUCGCCUUGUUGUCUGUUUCCCUUGUUGCUACUCCGUAUGGGCUCUUUUGGGUCUGUACGUGAUGUCUGUUACAGGCCUGUAUAGCGCCCCUUGUAGUCAACUGUAAACUGGUACCAACUAUAACUAUAUACAUGUGGGUUUCUAUUUGCACCGUUCCAUGUGGCUUGGCCCCUGUUAGAGCCUAUUUUGUUCUACGACCUACUGGGUUGUCCCUCUCCGAGAACUUUUUUUUUUUUUCUCUCUCUUUCUUUUCCUCCCUCUCUAUGUGAUUUGCUCCCCUUCCUUUUCCAUGCGCAUUGUCCAGUUCGCGUAUGCCAGAUUAGCAUAUUUGUUUGUAGGGUUUUGUCUGUUCAGUCCCCGUUCAUAGAGCAGAUUAGUGGUUAUCUGCCUGAUUAGAGCCUCCCUAGUGGGUGCUUGAGUCUGUUUCCAUGCCCUGGCUAUUAAUGUGUUUGCUGCAAUUAAGAUGUGAAAUAGAAUGCGGGAAUCUGUUUUGUUAAGCGUGUCUAGUCCCAUGAGCAGAAGUCCGCUCUCUGGUGUUAUGGUGUCCAGCGCUAGAUUUGUGAUUGUCUCCACUUCCUCCCAGUAUUUGGUUAUAAUGGGGCAUUCCCACCAUACAUGGUACAUCGUACCCUUGCUUUCCUGACAUCUCCAACAAGCCCUUUAGGCAUUUGGAUAAAUUUGUGCCAAUCUCUCCUGCACCAUGUACCAGCGAUAUUGGAUUUUGCGCAUCUGCUCUAAGUGAGCUGCGCAGUUCGUUCUUUUUUUUGUGUGCUAAGAAUGCCUUCCCCCAUUGGUGGUCGGUGAAGGUCGUUCCUAUGUCUCUCUGCCACGCUGCCUUAAUCCCCUCUAAGGGGUCAUCUUGUGUUUGGAUCAACAUGAUAUAGAGGGUAGAGAGUAGCCUCCUGGGCUGUUUGGUAUCUGUGCACAGUUGUUCAAUAUGUUUUGCAAUGGGCGGUACCGUGCUAGUUAUGGAUCCUUGAAGCAUGGAUUUCAGUUGGAGAUAUUGGAAAAUGGUGUUGUGUGGUAGGUUGUAUUUGCAUUGUAUGUCCGGAAAGUCUAACAAUCUGCCGCUGUCGUAUAGGUUGCCCACCCUGGUGCAGUCCUGUCUUAUCCAAGGGCGGUAAUCGAACGCCUUGUUUGCUAGGUGUAAGCAGUAUAGGGGGGCUGCCAGCGCCCACCCCUCGUGUCGUGGGCGGCACUACCUGGUGUACCUCUCUCUGUUCUCGGGGUACCCAGAACAGAUAGCUCAGGCCCCGAGGGCAAGCCCAAUAGGUCUCCAUUUCCACCCACUGCGGCGUGUCCUCUUUGGCGUGUGUUUGUAUGACAGUAGCUAGGAUAGCCGCUCUGUAAUAUUGCUUAACGUCUGACAUUUCCAACCCCCCGUUCGCUUGUGGUCUGCACAGCACUUUAGCUGCCACCCUUACUUUGCGGCGUGCCCAAAUGAAACCUGUGAAAAGCUUUUGGAGUUUUCCUAGGUAGGUUUUGGGUAUGUGUAUUUGUAAGGUUCUUAUUAAGUAUUGGAAUUUUGGUAACAGUAUCAUCUUUACCGCGGCCAUCCUACCCAGCCACGACAGGAACUUCCUCUCCCAUUCUUUCAGUGUGUUUGCUAUACCGCUCAGUAGUGGGUCAUAAUUUGCCAUAAGCAAGUCUGUCGGAUUUUUUGUGAGUUUAAUCCCGAGAAAUGUGAUGUGGUCCCGUCUCCAGUCCAGUGAAAAUGAGUUUUGUAGAAGGUCCAUUAUAUCUGCCGGGAUUCCCACCCCCAUGGCUUGUGUUUUUGUAACACUGAGCUUAUAGUAUGAAUGUUGCCCAUAUGUGGUGAUCUUUCAGUAGGUUGGGGAGGGAAAUCUGCGGCUGAGUAAGUGUCAGUAGGACGUCAUCCGCAAAUAGGCUGGUUGUAUAUUCGCGUGUAUUGAUCGUGACUCCGUGUAUGUUUGGGUUGUCCCUUAUUUUCAUCGCUAAAGGUUCUAGGGCCAGGACAUACAACAGUGGCGAUAAGGGGCAUCCCUGUCUGGUACCGAUUGAUAACUUUAUUGGUUCAGAGAGGAACCCUGAGUUUAGCACCUGAGCCCGUGGGGAGCUAUACAGGGCUUCCACUACAGCUAUGAACCCUUCUGGUAUAUCAAAUUUUUGCAGUACUGCACGCAGGAAUCCCCAAUGUAGGCGAUCGAAGGCCUUUUCUGCAUCUAAGGAGACCAACAGUCCCCCUUGUGUCUUUCUGCGGAGAUGGUGUACUAUGUUUAGCACUUUCCUCGUGUUAUCUGAUCCUUGCCUCCCUUUAACAAAUCCUACCUGAUCAUUCUGGAUAAUGUUCGGCAAGAUUGCUCCUAAGCGGAGUGAGUAAGUUUUGGCCAGGAUUUUCGCGUCCUUUUAUCUUUUGCGCUGCCUGUUUCUCCCGAAGCCUUUUCGCUAGUAAUUUACUUGCCUUGUUACCUUGGGCGUAUUGAUCGAUUUUCAAUCGUUUGAGGUUGUGCUCCGUUUGUGCCAAGACCUGCGUGUGCAGACUCCUGGUGAGUUGGAGUAUGCGUCUGCGUUUGUCGUCUGUGGGGGAGAGUUGGUUUUGUAGAGUUAUGUCAUGUAAUUCUUUUUGUAGCUCCAGUGUUUGUUUUUGGGCAUUCUUUUUGAGGUAUGAGGCCCUUCUAAUCAACAGUCCUCUCGCCACCGACUUGUGGGCCAUCCAGACCGUGGUGGAUGAGACGUCUGGUGUCUCAUUUUCUACAAAGUAAUGCUGCCGUUGUGUAGAUAGGUCGGCCUCGAAUUGUGGGUCAUGGAGGAGAGAAUCGUUGAUUCUCUAAGGGCUCCGAUGUUUAAAAUCAUAGAGGUCUUUCAUCUCCAGGAGCACUGGAGCAUGAUCUGACCAUGUGAUUUGUGCUAUAGUACAUGCUAGGAUUUGGUAGAUGUGGGAGCCUUGGAGGAGAUACCCAUCUAUUCUAGAGUAGGAGUUGUGAACAUGUGAGAAAUACGUGAAUGCUUUUUCCGUGGGGUGCGUGAUUCUCCAUGUGUCGUAAAAAUGGUACUUAUGUAUUAGGGUCUGGAGGGCUUUGCUUUGUCGUCUAAGGGUUUGGUAUCUACUACUAGCACUUUUGAGGGUUGUGUCUAUGGUCGUGUCGAAGAUGUGGUUGAAAUCGCCACAGAUUAGUGUUAUGCCUUGUUGUAUUGGUGUCAGGAUUGUAAGUAUCUUGUGUAGGAAGUUUCUUUGAUUUUGGUUGGGCGCAUAUAUGUUUGCAAUUGUGUACGUCAUGUCAUUUAUCGUUCCCACUAUCACCACAUAUCUGCCCAUUGGGUCUAGGUGUUGGGAUUUUAGAGAGAAUGAGACAUUUUUGCUGAGCAGAAUAGAUGUUCCUUUUGCUUUAGUUGGGGAAGUAGAGUGGAAUUGGUGUGGAUAGUCUACCUCCAUAAUUUUUGCGUGGUCGUUUGUACGGAAAUGUCUCCUGUAGGCAGACCACUUCUACUUGGUGUUUCCUAAGUUCUCGGUUUAAUAAGUGUCUUUUUGCUGGGAUAUUCAAUCCCCUUACAUUGUGUGUAUAUCCUCAUAUAGGGUCUAACAUAAAGGGUUGUGCUGUGUAUUGAGAGUGUUCUUUUGUUGCGGGGUGCCUCUCUCCUCCCAGCGCCAUCCAGCAGAGCAGACCUUCCCAUGGGGACUGUGACAACCUCUCACAGGUAUUCCGGUGAGAGUUGGGUCGUAUUCCUUCACUUCCUGUAUAGAAGGUGUGUGUUUUGUGCUUAUAAAAGGUGGAACCCCCCCACUUAGUCCCAAACAUGCUCGCCAUUGGUAGGGGCCACAGACCAUCUCUCAAUGGGUGGAAUAACGUAGUAACUAAACCAAACAAAAAAGUAUAUACAAGAUUUAACCAUGCCCUGUCCGUGGCGAGGCACUUCAUCUAAGUGCCACGGGGGUAGAAGCCUCUAGCUUCUGUUCCUUGGGGGGAGAUACGCUGCGCGCCAGCCUUUCUUGCUAUGGCUUAAUUGCAUAUGGUGUCUCCCAUUUACCCUUUUUAUUAUUGUUAAUUAUUGUUGUAUGUAUAUUUUAUUUUUAUUUAUUUUUUUAUUAUUAUUCUUUUUGUUUUGUUUUAUGCCGUUGUGUUGUAACCUAUGCGAUUUGUCUUUUACACCUCCCAGGGGUCUCAAUCCUCUCCGCUAUUUACUCGCUUAUCCCUUUUUUUUUUUCUUCCCCUUUUUUGCUUUUAUACUGUUGUGUUGUAUCCUAUGCGAUUAGUCUUUUACCCCUCCCAGGGAUCUCAAUCCUCUCCGCUAUGAACUCGCUUAUCCCUUUUUUUUUUCUUCUAAAUAUAUAUCUCCUUGUGCCCUGCUUUACUAUUUCCACCUCCUCUGUUACAUUUCGCACAUGGAGUACCCCUGGACCUAUACAAUCCCUCAAUUGUUGGCUCUGACAUAUGACAUAAACAUUUCACUUGAGUUUUAUACUUGCGGCACCACAUCGUCCGUGACUUUUGGCCCACCCGGGCGUCACGCGUUACAGUCUAUGUGUGUUUCGCUUUUUUCCACUCUGGAGUUAAUCUUCUUGGCUCUGUAGAUAGGUUCUUCUGGGAUUCUCUUCUUAAGCCCCAUUCUCGCAGUAUGUCAGCUCCCUCUUCUGGGCUUGAUAUUACAGCUGUCUUGCCUGCCCUCUGCACCAGCAGUUUAACUGGAUAUCCCCAGCGAUAUGCGAUUCGGUUCUCUCUGAAUGCCGCUGUGAUGUCUCGGAACUCCCUACGUUUUUGGAGGGUGAACGCUGAGACGUCUGCGAAAAGCAUAAUGCCCCGGUAUUUUUCAGGAAGCUCUUUGCGGGUUCUACUGCUUUUUAGAAUGGCGUCUUUAAUGUGAUGGUAGUGCAUACGCACCAGAAUGUCUCUGGGGGCAUCUUGGGGCAGGAACUUGGGUCUCGCCGUCCUGUGGAUGCGGUCAAAGAGGAGCAUGUUUUGUGGGAUAUCUGGCACUAGUGACUUUAGGUAGGCUGUGACAUGUGCUGUCAGGUCAUUUAUGCCCACAGUCUCUGCCACCCCCCUCAGCCAUAAAUUGUUUCGCCGGCUCCAUGUCGGCUAUUUUUACCUCCUGCGCCGCCAAGCGCUCUGACACCUGCAACAGCCUGUCUGCAAGGUCGUUAUGCGCUUCCUCAGCGUCCGCCAUCUUUUCUUCCAGUUUUGAGGUUCUGGAACCGAGGUCUCCCAGGUCUUUGCACAGCUCUCCUAUGGAUGCCUGCACACUCUUCAUUAUUUUUGCGGACAUUUCGUCCAACAUGUUCUGCAUUAUUUGCUGGGUCAGGAGCCCCUGAACAUUAGGCGCACAGUGAGCUGCCUCGUUGCUGUCUUCGGUGCCGGCGCCAUCUUGGAUUCCCGCCGUCUGCAGUGAGUCCCGUUGUGCGCCCUGCUUUGGGGCAAAGAACUGUCUUGUCCGCCUUCUCCGUUUGCCGCUUCGUUUUUGGGUGAGACAUUGGAGUUUUUAAGUCUGUUGUGCCGUAGUAUUGUGUGGCAAUUGCUCAGGUUAGGCUGUGGGACGCGGAGCUGUGUUUACAUGCGACUUCUCCCGCCGGUGUCCAGGCCACGCCCCUAGAUUUACUUUUUAAAGUGGACCUAACAUUCAAAAAUGUGGAAGCCAUUGGCCUUAUAAUUUAAAGGUGUUUUUAUUUAUUUAUUUUAAUCCAUAUAUUAUACUUAUGGAAUUUGCAGCAAAUAUAUUUAAAGGAACACUGUAGCGUUGGCAAUACAAACCUGUAUUUCUAACGCUACAGUGCCAUAGUUCCUAUUUAGAUUAAUGCCUUCUAAUCCUUUUUACAAAGUUGAAAUUAUUACAAGAACAAAAAUAAUUUUUUUUUUUUUUUUUUCUUUGCUCUGAGACACUUCGUGCUGCUGCUCUGCUUUACACUGUCAUUGUGAAGGUGUUGUUUCCACGAUUUAUGUCCUAGCCAAUCCUCGUCAUAAAGGAGCAUUCGGAAUGAGGUGCUUGUGUGCGGUGGGUGCCCUGCUAUUAAUUGAAUCCUUAUGACAUUUCCUAUGAACAACAUUUGGUCACAUGAGUGUCUAACUAGGUCAGGGGUUACCAAUACAUUUUUCACAUGGAACUUUGACAUAGUGUACCAACAUCGUGGAACCCCAGAAAAAAAAAAAUCUAGCGCCGUAUAACAAACCUUUUUUUUAAAUUAACAGAGCGUAAUGUUUUAUAUAUUUGUCAAAUUUCUACGGACAGUAAACGGUUUGUAGUACUUAGGAGCAGAUGUGCUUCUGUGUGAGUUGGUGUUUUGUAUAUCAUUUUAGCAUUUUAAUACACGGGUGAGUUUAUAUGUUAUGCUUACAAUUACAUGCAGUGGUGCGUUUGGAUGUAGUGUUGGAUUUUAAUGCGGAUGUACAUUUGUGUGCAGUAUUGGUGUUUUGAGUGUUAGUAUAUAAUUUUAGAGUUGGAGUUCAGGGGGUGUCUUUGUAUGUCAUGUUUGUGUUUGCAUGUUGUAUUGGUGUUUGAUUGCUGGGAUGUAUAUACACACACUGACACUCACACACUGACACUCACACACUGAUACUAUCUCUCUCUCUCUCUCAUAUACACUGACAUACACGAACAGCUACACACACUGACACAUACACUCACACUGACAGAUUGACACAGAUACACACACUGAUUGAUACACUGACCUAUACACAUGUCACAAUAUUUAUAUUUGCAGUCACCCUUAAAUUACCUUUCAUCUGCAGGAGCGUAAUUUGUUUGGAGUGCUGCUGUUGGAGCACUGGGUGUUGGAGUGUUGCUGGCUACUGCUCUCUCCCUUCUCCUGCCUUCUCUCUGUCCUUUUUGGCGCGUUCUAAGUCUGGGAGCAAGUGACACGCUGUCAGCUCCUCCCAGCAUCCAAUAAUACAGGGGCAAUACCGAUCAGGUGGACCUAAGUUAAUGGGCCACCCGAUCGGCAAAUUGCCGCAGAACCCCAGUUUUGUUCUCAAGGAACACCAAUUUGGAAACGCUGCACUAGGGUAUUAUUGCAGAAGUACCUCCAGUGGCUGUCUGAAGUAUGUAUCCCUGCAGUAUAAACAUGGCAGUUUCUACAAAACUACUGAGCCACUGCACCCAGAUCACUUAAGCACUAUUUAAAGGAGCACUUUAUUUCAAUUUACGUUUUUAGCAGCCUCUGCUGUAGGCUGCUUGAAAACAGUAUCUUGCUUAUUAAUCCCAACUGCUGAAUACAAUGUGUGGGGUUUUGUUUGUGUGUGUGUGUGUGUGUGUGUGUGUGUGUGUGUGUGUGUUUUUUUUAAUUCCCCCCCCUCUCCUCAUUUCUGUUUGUUUUAUUAUAUUAGAUUCCCCUGGCACAAUUUCGACUACAGGUAAAGAGUAUUGCGAUACACCUACAGAAAGCCAUCCCUCUGUGCUGUUAUCUUCAAAUUUUAGUUGCAGCUACUAGGAUAAGGCCAGGGAUUUAUUAAAAGUAGUUAGAAAAUUGGGCAGACUAGAUGCCGUCACAUUCUAUGUUUCUAUGAAGUGUUUUAAUACAAUACCACCUGUUGAUCAGCCAUGCCAGAUUCCAUGGCAUCUUCACAUUUUUAUUAAUUUAAAACAUUAAAAAGAAAAUGUUAUGUUAAAAGAACACUGGUGUUAGGAAUACAAAGCUGUAUCCCUAACACUAUAGUGUCCCACUGCCCAGCAGGACACCCCACACCCCCUCUCCCCACCCCUUCCUUUAAACCCUUAUCUGAUUUCUGCAUCAAUAUCCUUUGUGCUGGUUUGGACGCCUCCUCCACUGAUGUCAGACGAUGGGAGCAGCCUAAAGCUCAGAAAGCACCUUGUGCUCCUUAGGCCUCGCCCGUUUGCACAGAAUGAGGAAGUCGGCGUCAUUUCACGCAGUCAAAAUCUGUGAAACUGCAGGAAGUCUUAACCCUGCAAUAUAAACAUUAGUUUCUCUAAAACUUGUUUGACCCUAUACAUAACCCUCUUCAAUGAGAUGAACUAGCCUGGGUGCCUAUCGUGUCCCUUUAAUCUUUACAACUUGUCCAGACCCUGGUGCUUAAGCCUUUUAUCCAUUUGGGAAAUUAACCAACACUAGUUUCUCAGAGGAAAAACUCCUAAAAAAUAUUUAAUCCCUGUUAGCUCAACACUUAAUAUGUUUAGUUACCUUUUAUUGACCCAUGGAACAAUAUAUAAUAAACCUUUUUUAUUGUCUACCAAGAUUGAAGAGUGAUCACAUUUUUUUUGUAUUUUUUAUUUUCUCAUCAAACUUGAAUUGUGUAACCAAUAAAUGUCUGUGAAUGAUUUUUUACAUACUAUUUUUUUUAAUUUUUUUUUUGCCUUUACAAAUUGCUUGUACUUGGAUCAGUUACUUAAAGGAACAUUAUAGGGUCAGGAACACAAACAUGUAUUCUGACCCAAUAGUGUUAAAACCACCAUUUAGUUGGGUUGAUCCCCCUUUACCCCUUUAGGAAGGGUUAAAACGUACACUUUUUCCAGCACCACAGAGGUCUGCCAGCCCUGGCCCCGCCUCCGAUUUUACCUCUUUGGCUGACAUCAGAAUGAAUGAUCUUAGCCAAUGCUUUCCCAUAGGCAAGGAGUUUGGACAGGGCCAAACACCAGGUAGGGCAGUCAGCAUCUUCUCAUAGAGAUGCAUUGAAUCAAUGCAUCUCUGAGGAAAGUUCAGAUGAGUGGCCAAUGGAGGUGUCCUUGGGCAGUAAUGUAAACACUGCCUUUUCUCUGAAAAUAGUGUUUACAUAAAAUUCCUGCAGGGACUGACUACACUCACGAGAACAACUACAAUGAGCCGUAGUUGUUCUGGUGACUGAAGCGUUCCUUUAAAAACCUGUUCUUUUGCGAAUUUCAUUCAGCAGUGAGUUUGGGAUACGAGAUGAUUUUAUUUAUCAAGCUUUAACAAAUUCCACAGCACUGUAUAAUGGGUAAAUGAAACUCUACAAACUUAUCGUAUUUAUUCAUACAUGAACAAGUAUUUCUUGUCAUAAAUUAUAUUUGUAGUUGGGGACAUAAGCCAUAAUAAUGAGCAAGUAGUAGUAAGCAAAGAUGGCCUUCCCAUUCCAAUGGACAGAAAUCUGAGCUAUAUGCUCAUAUCUGCCUUGGCAUGUGUAUCUAGGGAUUUUUUAUUUUCCCUUGUCCAUAAGAGGAAGAAGGCACAGCGGUCUGGAAAUAAAAGCUCUACCCUGUGGAAUAAUUCUCAUCUCAAAGGUCAGCAGGCCUGGUAAGGAUUGUAGUUCCACCCUAGUACAAGUGCCCCUAGCGAGGAAAAAUUCCAUAGACUCUCAGAUAUGCUGUACCUUCUCCAUGGUAACUGGCUUGUAACAAGACUGUGUUUAUUUGAAUACCCAGGAAAAUUAGGUUUGUGGAAUGGCCUACUGUUUUGUCCUGAGAGUGGAACACUUAUCGCUGAACAUACACCCGUUGUCUUGUGAAUGUAGAAAGGUGUGGACUGAUGUUUUUCUAUUGUGAUAGUCAUGUGGUAAUGUAAGACUGAUGGACAUUUGCAAUGGAGUAACCAACGUGACAUGUAGGCAAACACGUUGAAUAAUUUUAGACUACUCUCAGCUCCAACGUGUGGCAAAGGAAUACCUGUUCCUCCAUAGCAUGCCAUGCACGUGCCACAGGGAUGGAUGUAUAGGUAAAAGUUUGAAGGCGUUGGAAAAUGUCAGUUUUCCACGACCAGGCUCAGACUGCCUUCAGUAUGGCAUGAAUGGCAUCAUCCACUGUGACCUAUUGCAAGGAACAUUCAUCAGAGAGCAUUAAUGAGUUGAUGCUCAGAGUAGACAAUGAAUGUGGAGCCGAUAGAUAAUUAGCCUCUUAUUAUUAACCUUUCCCGUGGCUAAAUCUAUGUGAUUGGUACGCCAGCAUGAAAAAAGAGGGGUUGUGAGAAAGGGCCUAUGAUGAACCCAUUAUCAAACUCCUUUGUGAGUAAUGCAUCUGUGCUGAUGGGGUCAAGUAGGGCAGACUGUUAGUUUGGACACUCGUGAAUACCAGUGGGGAGUGUUACAAGGCCAGUUUGGAAAGUCAGUGAAACCUUUAACCAGGAAGUCAACUAAGGGGGGGGUGUCCUGGAGGUAAUAUGCCAGGUUGUCAAUGCAAACUUCGGUUUAUUGUUUUGGGUACCGACAGGGACGUAACUUACACGAGGCAAACCAGGCAUCUGCCUUGUACAAAUGCUCAGGCAGAUCCCUUGCUUGCCUCGUGUCCUGGGGGCUCGAGCUGGCCGGCUGGCCACUUUUGAGCCCCCCCCCCAGGCUGGCGGCGGGCAGCGUGGGAGCAUGCUCACCUGAGCUCUUCCUGCUCAGCUCCCUCCGCGCCGCUUAAUAAAGCCGGGAGCCGGAAUAUGAAGUCAGACCGGCUCCCGGCAUCACUAAGCGGCGCCCGAUGGAGCUGAGCAGGAAAAUCAGAGCUCCUCGCCGCCUACUCUGCGUGUCUGUGCAGCAGCCCCACUGGACAGGUAAGUAAUCCACUCCAGUUCUUCCAGGGAGGCUUGGUGGAUUUAAAAUAGCACAGCACAAAUCCCAAAUACACCACUGGGUACAGACGAUUAGUACACAUGGUUUUGGUGUGUGCCCUAUAACAAAUGGAGCAGAUGUGCAGCAAGCUGCACAAGCUAAAUCCACAACUGCCUGAAAUAAAAUUGUUGCAGACUUGAUCCUUGCCCAGGUACACUAUAAAUCUACCCAAUUUGUCUUUAAAGCCUCUGUAUUCCGCAGUGGAAUAACCGGAGGACUAUCACUACAUAUGGUCCAGUUUGCCUAGCUAGGCCAUGGUAUAUGAGAAAGCAGUGAGGGGAAAUUAAGGUUCCCUGGGAGUGAGGCUUGUAGGGGAGUUGCGUUACUAGCGAAGUUAUGUGGUAGCAUGUUUGACCCAGCGAUGAUGACUGACGAGGAGACUACUGUUACUAUGUUAUGAUGGACAGGCCGGAUGAACAUACUAGUGGGAGUAUAAUGUAACUGCAAAAUAUAUGAAUACAUCAGAAAAUGUAUUGUAUUAUAUUUGGGUGCAGAGGUUUUAGGAGUUUGAUAUGGAAUGGAUCUGCAUGCUUAAUUGUGUGCAAGGAACUUGUCUGUAUGUACCCUGAGUAUGGGGAGAACGAUAUGACAUUUUAGUUAAGCAAAUUGCCAGUACAGUGAGGGGGAACAAUACGGGCUGUAAUUUGACCCAACGUGAAAACUGCACAUAUAAAAUUCUUAUCAUAUACUUAUGAGCUGCCGGCCUAGAGGAGUACACUAUGUCCCCUAGCGGUCAUAUUCAUGAUGAGACUAUUAUACAGUACUCUAAUUGAGGUCAUGUGGGUGACAUUGGUCUACACACUGGGAUGAAGUUCAGUCUAUUAUUCUGAACUUCCUACUAAACUCUUCCUCUUGCAUAUGUAUAUGGCCCUGUUGCAUAUGUAGUAGUCAAGAGUCUUUCUAAAGCAAGAUCCAGUGCUGAUAUGGAGGAAUUGUAUAGCACUUGCUGUUGCCGAGUGACAGAUCUUUAAACCGGUAUAUGUUUCUGCUGCUAUAUGCAUUUUAACCAUACAUGAAACUGGUACCUGAAUAUUUUUUUAUUUUUCUAGAGAUACAGGAGGAAGAGGAAGAAACAAUUCUUAGUGCAAGGUCCCAUCUCUGGGUUGCCAUGGUGGCAUUAUUUCAUACUCUUCCAUUAUUGACAUUCAGGGUUGUGGGGAGAGAUGGGGGUCUCUUGCUUUCCAACCCACUCCCUUCAGAUUACAAACAGGCAUUAAAGGACUGAAAUAAUAUCCUCAUUAAAUAGCCCACUUUUACUGAGCGUUCAGGCAUAAUAUGCCAAGAGAGGCUGUGGAGAAAGACACAAACAUUUCCACCUCUCUUGACAGUCCGUCUGUCAUGACAAUCCGUUGCUAAAGAGAGAAUGAAUUAAUGGUGGCAAAUUGCUGCAACUACAGUGCAGCGAGAUAAAAAACAUUCUCAGGCUGUCAGGGGGGAUUUACAUAUGUGUUCCUUGCUGAAUUCUAUCCAGUGCUAUGGAUCAAUUAGCUAAGAACGGUUAGGCCAGUCGUUGAAAUCCUGUUGAGGAGGGGGGGGAUCUCUGGGUGCCAGGGAAAGACAUAUAUUUUUGUCUGUUCCUGCUCUUCAAACCACUCCCAUGAUUUUAAUGAAUGUAUUGCCCAUUUAAGUGAUUUUGUUAUAGUCUGCUGUACAGUUGUUUGACAUUAUACUGUAACAUGGCCUUUUCCAUGAUAUGGUAGUUUUGCCAAGCACAAAUUUGCAAAGCUCCUUUUAAAAUCCUCUUUUAAUUCUCCCCUGUAGUGAUGAAUGACAACUUCUUGUUCUGAUGCAUCUACCUCUGUUUUAUCCUCACUCUUUCUUGCGUUUCAAGUUUUACCUCCAGAUGAUAUACAGAUUCUUUAUUUGGCCGUCUAUUUAAAUAAAGAGAAAUGUUGGGCCAUUUUUAAAAUUCUUUAUUUUUGUAGUUCAAAUAGAAACAUACAGGCUCAUCAUGCCCCAACAGUGAAUGACGAGCUAUAUGGUACAUAAAGCUAAAAUAUUGUAGGCAGGAGUGUACUUGCACAUUUUUAUAAUAUAUUUCUAGAAUGCUAGUCUGGCUGUCUAGAAAGCUUCUUCACUAUUGACAUCAAGCGUAAUAACACCAUCAAGAUGGUUUGUGGGCUCAAUAGGUUAGGCUAGGCUUGCGUGUCACAGUAAAAAAAAAAAAAAAAAAAGUAUUCGCUCAGAUUCUUUGAUUGCUUUCUAGAAAUAUAUGAAAUAAAGUAAAAGGGAUAUAAUGUAACAACUUAGUGUAGCUUUAGUGCCAGGAGAAAACUGGAUGUAGCUUGUGUGCAUCCUGUCAAACUGUUCUGACUGUGUUAGGAAUUAGUAGGAGAGGAGACCUGAAUCCCUGCUAUACACUAACUGGAUGCUGUUUAAAGGCAAGCAGUCUGUGCUGUUAAAGGACCACUAUAGUGCCAGGAAAACAUACUUGUUUUCCUGGCACUAUAGUGCCCUGAGGGUGCUCCCGCCGGGCUCUAGGGUGAGGAAGGGGUUAAACUUACCUCUUUCCCCAGCGCCGGGCGGGGAGCUCGCCUCAUUCUCCUCUCAGCCGCCUCUCCUCCUCCUUGGCUGGCUGCGCGCGCAUUCAGCCAGUCUCCUAGGAAAGCAUUAUCAAUGCUUUCCUAUUAACGCUGGUGUCACAGUGAGAAGCACGCAAGCACCUCUAGCGGCUGUCAAUGAGACAGCCACUAGAGGCUGGAUUAACCCUAAUAUAAACAUAGCAGUUUCUCUGAAACUGCUAUGUCUAUAGAAAAAAGGGUUAACCCUAGCUGGACCUGGCACCCAGACCACUUCAUUAAGUCCUUUAAUAGUACUCAAUUUAACCAAUGCCACAGGUAGACCAUGGAACAGAAUUCACCUCUACGUAAGGCAAGACUGCAAUAGGCUCUGUCAUACCGCCUGUACAUGCAGUCGUUCAGUGUGCGUUUGGUCAGUGGUGUUGCUGCUGUACUGUGCUUCUACACCUCUUUUAGCUCAGACCGAAGCUCGUAGCUGCAGGUUUCCAGGUACCUGGGGUAGAGAGCGCCAAGGGCGAACAGAUCGCGCUGGAUGUGCAGAGGUUCCCAUCCCUGACGUCUGGUCAGUCACUGAUGAGUAUGUGGCUUGGUGCUUUGGCAGGCAGUUAUAUGCCCCCUAGUCAUAGCCUUUUCCUCCCGGGUGUGUGAGCUUUGUCUAGAGAUUCGUCCCCUGAUGGACUGAGUGUAGGCUCGUUGCUGAUCUGCGUCGUCUUUGUUGAGGCCCUCUCUGCCUCUUUCUCCGCCUCUUCAAUUUUAACAUUGCGUUAGUGUGGACAAAGAUCUGCCCCGCUCGGGAACUCUUCCAAGAAGCGCUUGCUGAGGACCAUCAGUCCCUGCUGAUUCUUCUGCCCUUCGAUGCACCUUGGCCCAGAAUUGCUCCCAGAACUGCUCAAAUGCCCAUUCUGUUUGUUCCUCAUGGAGGGCCUGAGUUGCAAAUCUGCUUCGGUGGCUAUCUUGGAAUGCAGGCCUUAAGUGCUCAGUGUGCUCAGCUUGGAUCCGCUGUUCAACCUUAACUAUGUGACUCUUAGCUAGGAGCAGGUUAACUUCCCAGUGGGGACUGGGUUGGUCCCUGCCGGUUCAAAAGGAGGGGGGACAGGGCUCAGAAAUUAGUUGAUCUGUAAGAGUUGGAGGCAUGGCCGUCCCCUCUGGCUCACAUGCAGUGGUAGCGGCUGUACCAAGCUAGGCCUCCCAAACUUGGUCAGUCCGUAAUACUGGCUUAUGGAAGUUCAAAAAGCACAUUUCCUGCUGAUGAAUUGGGUAAGGGACUCUUGAAACUGCCCUAAAUUGGGAUCCUAUUGAGGAGCCCCUGUUGCAUGUGGCUGCCUCGGUCGGCUGUCAGGCCCUGGCCCCCAAUGUUGGGCUUUCUUUAUUUUUUUUAUUUUUUAAGUGCUUAUGUAAAAAUAUGUAAGUUUUAGCAAUUCACAUUUGUGUAGACAAUAUUGGCUACUGCUUAUGUCUAGCUUUCAGCAGGUUUGGUCCCAAUUUCUGGGUCCUGUCCUGCUUUUUGCUCUGUAGUGACAUCUUUAGGAGAAAACUAGAUGUAUCUUGUGUGCAUCCUGUCAAACUGUUCUGACUGCUUGUAGUUUUCCUUUAACAGAAUGUUUUAGAAAAUCUAACAUAUGCUUUCUAAAUGCCUUGCUUUAUAUAGAAGGUGCCUGUGUGUCACUGAAUAUAAUAUGAAAAAAAUUAAAUAUAAAGUAUGUGUAUGUAAUUUUUAUCUUUCUGCUUCCUGUUUAACCCCUUAAGGACCAAACUUUUGGAAUAAAAGGGAAUCAUGACAUGUCAGACAUGUCAUGUGUCCUUAAGGGGUUAAAGGGACACUCUAGUCACCAGAACAUCUACAACUCAAUUUAGUGGUUUUGGUGUUCAUAGCCUGUCUUUGCAGGCCUUUAAUCGUAAACACUGCCUCUUCAGAGUGUACAUGGAGAUGCUAAACGCUCCCCAUAGAGAUGCAUUGAUUCAAUUUGCAACUGAUUUGGCGCAGCAUGGAGUGUUGUCGUGCAUGCGCAAUAUCCUCCCAGAGCUUUCAAAUGGGAAACUAUUGUAUUAGCUGAGAUUAAGUUUGAGUCCACCAUUGUCAGGUGUGGUCACAUGAUACAUCAUGACAUCGGAUGAUGCGUUUGACAUCUUCGCUGUUCGGUUGCUGUGAAAUUAAUAUGCUGCAUUUCAGGAAAUUAUAACCAAAUGUUCAAAAGGAAUUUACAAGAUCUACAUCAAUAAAAUACGGAGCAGAAUUUUGGGAAAAUUAAAGUCAAAUUGCCACAAUGUACGUAAGUAGCAAACACAUAGAUAUAUGGGACAUUCUGAUAACCUCCUAUUGUUAAUAGGUGCGCUAGAGUACAGCGAAUAAAUGCUGUAAAAGGUUGCACUGUUUAUUUGUAAAGCGUUAUGAGAUCUUCAACUUAAGCUGUAUCUACAAUACUGGAAGAAGGGCAGGAGUCUGUAUGAAACUAUUCCAUUCAUUACAAGAGAUGGCACUAUAACCACUCUAUUGCGUUGUCAUGGUUACAGUGCUUAGUGUGCCCCUUUUAAAGGAGCGCUAUAGUUUUAGGAAUACAGAACUAUUUCACCAAGUUAAACUGCAUGUAAAUGCAGAAAACGCUUAACCCUGUAAUAUAAUUAUUAGAAUUUCUAUGAAACGGUAAUGUUUUACAGGGUCACUGGGUGCCUAUAGUGUUGUGUGUUUUUUUUUUUUUUUUUUUUUAUAAACAUUAAAUCCUCAAUUUGCCAAGCAUUAUGCUUUUUGCUCUUUUUCAUGCUGUUGAAACAGCAAGUAAUGUAAAGUUUUUUUUUUUUUUUGGUAAAUCUUUUUUGUUUGACAGGGUGAAAUAACAUAGUUGCAUUAUUACAGUAUUUUAGACAUUGUACCGUACACCAAAAGAUACAGAUCGGAAGGGGGAGUCCUGUACAGUUUUUGCACUGUAAAAGUUUUGUUUCCCUUAUUCCUCCCACUCUGUUGUCCCAUGUCUCCACUCCCUUCCAGUUUACUUUAUUACUUUGCCUUGUCUUAUCUUGCGAUAGGGUGUGUGUGUGUGUCCCAAGGUGCGGUUUUGUGAGUUACAUAGGGUAGUGAGGUAUAACGUUGAGACUCGCAGGUCUCUGCGUUCCAAAUGCGUAUGCGGAUCUACAGCGUGCUGUGUGUAGGUUGAAUGGUUUGUGUGAUAUGUGUCCCUGUCUAUAGUACGCUAUCUUAUAUGGCUAUGGAUAUUGUCAUCACUUCUUGCAGCAGAGCCUACAGUUUGCGCGAUUUCCCGUGCGUGAUUCCUUAGUAGCGUCAGUAAUGCGUGUAUCAGCGACCUCGUAAUGUGCGUUUGGAGUGGGUUUAAGAUGUUGCGUGUCUGUCGCGUUUAUAUGAGCGUAAGCUCUCCUCUCUACACUUUUCGUUGCUGGAACGUGUAACAAGGCAUGGUAUGACUCGUGUUUCACUAGGGGGUCUGAACAUUCCUCAGAUCCCGUCAGGGCUGGGUGUUCUUCUUUUUAGAAUUUCAGAGGUCGAUAGUUGUUUUGCGUGGUAAUGCAUCUCUCCGAUCCCGACUCUCCGGGCCCGGGGACCGUCCAGCGAAAUAAGAGGGAGAGGAUAAGAGAAAAGAAAAAAAAAAAAAAAGGGGAGUUUGGCUUACGGGAGGGGUGGACUGUUUCUGGUGGAAUCCACCUCUGAUGUUGCCCUGUCAGUGGGUUCGGGGGCGUUACCUGCUUGUCUGUAGCGGGUGAUAUAGAGAAACCAUGGAAGCCACAGUUCUGUGUGUUUUGUUGCACGAACUGUCAGAGGCGUGUAUUUCUUCUGCUCCGUGGAUGUCUUCUACUCUGCAGAUCCACUCUUUCUUAGUUGGUACAUCACUUUUCUUCCAGUGUGCCGGUAUGUUAGCUUUGGCCGCGUUUAGUAAGUGACGUAAUAUAGAUCUUUUAUACGUCCGAAUCGAUUGUGUCGUUAUGUGUAGCAGGGCUAGUUCCGCGUUCCAUUCCGGGACAUCGCCCAGAAUGUCAGUGACAGUGUCCUUAAUCAUUGCCCAGUAUGGGGUAAUGUCUCUGCAUUCCCACCAUAUAUGUAUCAAAGUGCCGUGUUCUGCCUGGCAUCUCCAACAGAUCGGGGUGGUUGAUGGGAAGAUCUGGUGUAGGAGGGAUGGCGUUCUGUACCAGAGGGAGAGCAGCUUGUAAUUUACUUAUUGGUAGUAUGAGCUCAUAGAGCUUUUUUGCUGCCAUAGUAAUGCCAAAUCCCACUGUGAGGGUGUGAGUGUCUUUCUAAGUUGUCCUUCCCAUUGGCGGCGGAAGGUGGAAGCCUGGGUUGUGCCUCCGAUAAGUAGGUGUUGGUAGAGUGCUGAUAUAGCAUGGUCAAGUGUGGUGCCAUUGUCACAGAGGCCCUCAAACCAGGUGAGGUCUCUGUGCAAACGGUCUUUAUGUGGCAUUGUGUCAUGGUAGUGUUUUAACUGUAGAUAUCUAAGCACCGUGAGGGGGGUCCUUGGAUCGUCCCCUAAUAAUGCAGUUAGGUCCCGGACUCUGCCACCUUCGAGGGCCUUGUAUAUGGGGAUGUAGUCCCUCUCGCUCGGGAUGGGCCAUGCACCGGGUGGGAGUCCACCUCCCAAGGCCACGUUAUGAGUGAGUGGAAUCAUCGGGCUAGGGGUGGGCGAUAUAUAGCUCUGGUCUCUCAGCGAUCUCCAACCGGUGAUUGUUUGUGUUAUCAGCCCCUCUUUGUUUAGGGCCGCCGGGCAUCUCGUUGUCCCCCAUAUCCUCAUUUCCAGUGUUGGUCCGAUAAGGCCUUUAUCGAGCUCUACCCAUUGUUUCGUUGUAGGGUCCUGGUGCCAAUCCAGUAUCCGUUGCAUUACGUAGCUUGGUGAUAUUUCUUGACGUCUGGUAGAGCUAGUCCACCAUGGUUCCUUGGGCGGCAGAGUAUGUCAUGUCGAAUUCGAGAACGUUCCCCUCGCCACUCAAAUUUAAUUAUCGCCGUUUUCAGGGUGGAGAAGAAGGUCCCUGGGAUGGCUAGUGGGAUCGUUUUCAUGAGGUAUAGGAUUCUCGGCAGUAUGUUCUUCUUGAGGAUCGCAACUUGUCCAUGCUAGGUUACAUGUGGGUACGACCAUCUAGCCAGGUCCGCUAAGAUUGUUGUCAGGAGGGGGGCAAAGUUGAGUCGGUAUAUGUCUUCUGGGUCUGUGGUCACCCAGAUGCCCAGGUACUUCAUCCGUCCGUAGCACCAAUGAAAAGCAAAUAGCGAGUCCAGGGAUAUGUAUUCUUCUGUAGGGAUCGUGAUGUUCAGGACCUCACAUUUUGAGAGAUUGAGUUUGAAGCCCGAGAUUUUCCCGAAUUUGUCGAAUUCGGAAAGGAGGCACGGCAGAGUUGUUCUAGGGUGCUGUACAAAAAAUAGGUCAUCCGCAUAUGCGGCCACUUUAUGGUUUGUUCCCCGCCAGCUGUAUCCUUGGAUGUUUGGGUUUAGGCCUAUCUUCUGGAGCAGUGGUUCCAGGGUCAUAGCGAACAGGAGUGGUGAUAGUGGGCAACCUUGACUGGUACCGUUGUUGAUUGCGAAGUCCGCUGUCAUGGCCCCGUUGACUCUCACGUUUGCAUGCGGUUUGCUGUAGAAGGCUGAUACCCAUGUGAGUAGUCUCUGUCCGCAUCCCAUGUGUUGUAGGGGGGUCAUCAUGUACGACCAGUCGACCCUGUCAAAUGCUUUUUCCGCAUCUGUAGAUAAUAAUAGCAUUUUAGUUUUUGUCUUUCUUGCGUGUUGUUGGAUUGAGAACAGUCGUAAUGUGCUAUCUCUGGCCUCUCUGCCCGGAAUGAAGCCUGUCUGGUCCGCGUGUAUCAAUUCUGGAAGAGAGUUGUUGAGCCUGCUCGCUAUGACUUUCGUGAUUAAUUUGGCGUCUACAUUAAGCAACGAUAUGGGACGAUAGCUACCGCAAAGCAAUGGAUCCUUUCCUGGCUUGAGCAAGACCGUGAUGGUCGCAGCUAAGGAUUCCACGCCCAGGCAUCCUCCGUCUCCCACCGCGUUGAUCGCUUUAGUUAGCCAUGGUAGCAGGAGAUCAGGGAAGCUCUUAUAGUAUCCAGUUGAAAAACCGUCUGGUCCCGAUGCCCUGCCUGAUUUGGACGCUUUCAGUGCUGCUGCAAGCUAUUCUGUGCUGAUUGGUGUGUCGAGUGCCGAAGCUGAUUCUUGGUUAAUCGUUUUGAGGAUCGUGUCAGAGAGGUAGUCUCUUAUCUGAGUGGUUCUUCUUUCGUCGCUCGUCGUCCUCGUUGGUGGGCUCAGGUUGUAUAGCGUUUCGUAGUAGGUCCUAAACUCAUUGGCGAUUAUUUUUUUUUUUUUGGAUAGGGGGUCACUUCUCCCAAGGAGAGGCGGAGUUUGCGUAUUUGUCUAUGGGGCGUGUAGGGCCUUUUAAUAACUAGCCAGGUAUUUCCCCCCUUUAUUGGCGUGUGCGUAGUAAAAACCUUUCGUGCGUUGUAGAUUUCGGAGAAGUAAUGUAAAGUUGUAUUCCUUUAAAAGCUGUUUGCAUUCAUCAGUGUGAUCCCUAAUAGUACCUAAGCUGAAGCUUGAUGAAGACUGCAAAAAGACACAAUGCUUUCUAAUCAGAUUCUUUCUCUAAAUGCCUAUAUUGCUGGAGGGAUUUGUUCUUUGUUAUGAUUGUGUUUCAAUGCCCAAUAAUUCAGAGGGAAAUGCAGUGCAUGAAGCCAGCUUAGAUUUGUAUAUUCAGGUCUAACACAGCCUUAGAUUGAAUAGAAAUCAGCCAUCUGUUAGAAUGAGUUGUCAAAGUUACCUAUUAGCAGUAUUUGGAAGGAGCAGAUUUGCGAUCUUGUUCUUCCUGUGCUGCCAAACGCAGCUAGUCGUCUUGUUUCCCUUCAUCUGUUUGUUACUGAGCCAUGGUAUUGUUUUAAUUUAUAUUUAAAGUAUGUAGCACCCUUGUUGUAUUGUCUGUUGGUGGUUUUGUUUUUAUGUGGACAUACACAUUAUUUUAAAAAUAAAUAAAAGUAACCUGUCAUCCAGGGGCCACCUUAGCAGUUUGUCAUGAUUGCGCCAUCAGUGCACAUUUUUGUUUUUAACACUCUACUCGACUUAUUUCUCCAUUAUUUUGAUAAACAUUAAUUUCCGAUUUCUUUAUAGUAUUCAUAUGCUCACUCUUUCAGGUAUCAGUAUAUAAAUUUUUAUCUGUAGAUCUUCAGCAAUAAUGUAUUGAUCAGUGGGUAUGCAUCAGUUUAUUGCUGCAGUGAUUUUUUUAUUUUAUUUAUUUAUUUAUUUAUUUUUUUCCUCCUCCUAACAUCAUAAGCUAUGCAAGAGGCAUAGAUAUGUUUUGGUAUCUUAUAACGCAAAAACAGACUUAAGUAAAAGUCAUGGAGUAAUAUGCAUAUCUGCUAGAUUUUUAAAGAUGACAAUGUGAAAAUUGACAAGUGAGCUACCGAUUAAAACUACAACACAAAGGAUAACUUAAAGAAAAGAUACAUCCCUGUUGAUAACCAUCCAGAGUCUGUGUUCAGUCAUCAGAUUGUUUUCUAGAUGGUUGGAAGAGUUAGGAGGACAAAGGAAUAAGACCUUUCAUAAUACACCUAGUUGAACAUUGUCCUGGAAAGUUCUUACAAAUUACAAUAUUUAAUUUUAUGAAAUACCAUAGCCAUUACGUCACUGCACAGGUUACAGAGAAAAGAAACACUAUGGGUGCCGACUACGGUUAGUUAAACCGAUGGAAGUAGUUUAAUUAAAAUUUGUUACCAUGGUAUUUAUAGACUGUCCCUUCUUUAGAUCUCUUGACAAGUUAGUAAUUUCUCGUUUGCAUUAUCAUGAUUCAUUUUGUACAACCUGUAUGGCAAUGAUGAUGCCUCCCAAAUGGAUUGACAAAAGUGGAGGCACAAUGCACAUUCUCUGCUUCAUAUCAGUACUCUGCGCUUUAGUGGUUAGUUAUCAGUACUUUUUUUUUUUUUUCCUGUGGUAUCAUAUUUACAUGCUUUGUUUUUGCAGUAAAGGGUCUGUUAUUCUUUGCUGCAGUAGUAGUAACUUUUUCAUUUCUUGCCCAAUAUCUCUUUUCUCCAGAAACACUUGUUUUUGCCUUGCUAAAUCUCACCAGAGACCUUAAAGGGAAACUGCAUAGCGUGAGGAUGUCCAGCGUCGUUUAGGCCUAUCCACCUGGAAUUGCCUCUAGUGGUUGUCUGGUAGCCACUAGAGUAGGAGUUAACCAUUUUAUAAAAACUACAAUAAUUGCAUGCUCAGGGUUAUGGGAGUUUGCACCUACACCACUUCAAUGAGCUGACGUGGUCUGGGUGCCUACAGUGUCCCUUUAAGCAGAAAUAUAAAUAAGGUUUACUCACCGUAGAAAUGCCUAGUUGUAAUUUUAAAUAAGUUCUUGCUAUUUUUUUCCUACUCCUCAAGCACACAUGUGAAGCAAAAUAAGAUUUUAAAUAUAUAUUGUUUAUAUGUUGAAAGUUAUGAGAUUUUGAAGUUUUGUUUCUCAAUUUCUUCUGUCUUUUAGAUGACCAUGGAUGAGAAAUACGUAAAUAGCAUUUGGGAUCUCCUCAAAAAUGCAAUACAAGAAAUUCAGCGGAAGAACAACAGUGGGCUAAGUUUUGAAGAACUGUAUAGAAAUGCAUAUACUAUGGUGUUGCACAAGCAUGGGGAGAAACUCUAUACAGGUUUACGAGAAGUGGUGACAGAACAUCUUAUAAACAAGGUAAUUGCACUCCAACUAUGGACUGCAUAAAAACAUUGCUGCAUGAACCAUCGGUGCUCCAUCAUUGACUUGUUUGCGACAGCCCAUUAAUGUACACCGGUUUAAAAAAAAUAAAAAAAAUAAAAAUUGUCUGUUGCCAAGAACAAAUAUUACUGCUGAGUUAGGUAAACCUGGUAUGUUAAUGUUAAAUACCUUCAGCUACACCUCCUGCUACAACUAUGCAAUAAGCAAUUUAGACUUUUUUUGAAGCAAAUAUCCUAACAGAAGAUUUUAAAUGGAUAUGUGGCUAUCCUUUCACUACCAGAGAGAAAAGACUUUCUCUCCGUGAAGAGCUUUCAGAGUAAAUGACACCAGAUGCACACAAGCUUGGGAACGUCUAUGGAUGAAUAUCAGAUAAAAAAAAAGUGUUUCCUGAUCACGUUUUGCCUUUUAAGUUUAGUGUAUUAAACUGCCAUCUCUACACUUUCUGCCCUCUUUUAUGUAUACAAACAUUUUUAUUUUCCUUUUAACCCCUUAAGGACACAAUUUCUGGAAUAAAAGGGAAUCCUGUCGGAAUAUUUCCGUCAUGUGUCCAUAAGGGGUUAAAGGGACACUUCAGGCAGCUAAACUAGUUAAGCUUAAAUUAUAGGUAAUAAGAUAAAAAUACAUUUGAUUAGUUUCUUUGCUUUCAAUUCUGUGUAGUUUUCCAGCAGUGCUGUAACAUGUUUAGCUGUUUUCAGUGGUGUAACUGUUCUGUAGUGUUAAGAAUGCUGAAAGCAGACUGCACUGCAGUCUCCUGCGCUACGUACUGUUAACUCCUUUCCUGCCAGCCUCUGUCAACUUUCCUACCUACUGUUAAUCUCUCCCCUGUCAGCCAACCUCACUACCCACACCCCUCCCCUGCCAGUCCCUGUCAGCCAACUUCACUACCCACAGUUAACCCCUUCCCCCUCCAGCCCCUGUUAUUCAACCUCGACAGAGAGAACACAAAGCUCUAUAGGUCGCUUUAUAUUUAUAAUAAACAUAUGACACUAGAAUACCUAAUGUGUUGAGUAAAUAUUAGCAUGUUUGAGACGUGGUUUGUUUGUAAAUUCUAGAGUUUGAAUGCUGAGGAGGCUUGGGCAGGCAUUGUGGGCAUGUGUUGAGCUGAGUGAAGGUCAGGCACACCCACUAAGGCAUGUCAUUACUGAUUCUCAUAGAGUAUCACUGGAGCAUGGCCACUGGUGGACAGACUGGCUGAAAUACAGCAAACAGGGAGAUAGCAAAGGGAGAAAUGAGAUGCAAUCAAAGGAUGAGCAGGAAAUUCGGGGUGGGGGUGUGGAUAUGCAUAUUUUUUUUUUUAUUUUUUUUUUAUUAACCCAUAGAGUUCCUUUUUAAAUUGUGGAAAGUUUUCCUUUGCAAAGCACCCAGUGGCUCCCCCUUACCCCCUCGUUUUGACAAAUGUCCAGCUAAAGCCCUGUCUCAAAGUAUAAAUACAGAAUAGGUCAUGUUACAGAUUCCUUCCAUGUAGCUGGGGACCCUAAACACUGGUAGAACAGAUAUGCUGUCUGUCUGAGAUUGGUGGGAGUUACCAUCUCAAGCAGCACUUGCUGUUGUAUUGCCAGCAGCUGAAACAGCUGCUGAUCAGUACUGUAAGUUUUACUAAGCCACAAGUCUCAACUUUCAAACGGACAAAGAGGGACACUUUCAUUUUGGGGCUGUGGCCAGUUGCAGAGCUGUGUUGGAAAAUGUUAAGAUGCUUACCAAUAACCAUUUAUGCAACUGAAAUGCAAUUUAGAACAAGAGAAAUACUUUAUUUACAGAACCAUUACUGUGAGUAUUAUUGCUGUGAAGCUCUGUUAGACAAUCACACUCACAACAUGGAGCUCCUUGAAAAGAAUGACAGGUGGAUUUAGGCCCAAAAGGGGGACUAUUCUGUCCCUCCUAAAUAGGGACCUGUGUGAGCUAUUCUCCAAGCUCAGGCAGCACUGGGACAUGUCUGUCAUAGUGCUGCCAUUUUAGUGUAAAGGCUUCAUAUUAACAUCUAAACUACAUUAAACAUUGGUUACUGUACUACAUGAAAACACUAAACAUGAACCCCUACACAAACAGUUAACCUAUUAACAUUAUUUUCUCAUAAUUCAAGGGUCGCUGCCAUGUAUCCUUAUGUAUAGUGUUGUCUGUUACCUGCCAUUACACCUUGCUAGAACAGGUUUUAAUGUUCUUGAAAGAAUGUGAUUGCAGAUAAGAACCAUUUGACCCAUCUAGUCUGCCCAAUUUUCUAAAUACUUUAAUUGGCCCAUGGCCUUUAUUUUAUAGCCUUAUGCCUAUCCCACGCAUGCUUAAACUCCUUUACUGUGUUAACCUCUACCACUUCAGCUGGAAGGCUAUUCCAUGCAUCCACUACCCUCUCAGUAAAGUAAUACUUCCUGAUAUUAUUUUUAAGACUGUCCUCUUGUUGUGGUAGUUUUUCUUCUUUUAAAUAUAGUCUCCUCCUUUACUGUGUUGAUUCCCUUUAGGUAUUUAAAUGUUUCUAUCAUAUCCCCCCUGUCUCGUCAUUCCUCCAAGCUAUACAUGUUAAGUUCCUUUAACCUUUCCUGGAAAGUUUUAUCCUGCAAUCCAUGAGCCAGUUUAGUAGCCCUUCUCUGAACUCUCUCUAAGGUAUCAAUAUCUUUCUGAAGAUAUGGUCUCCAGUACUGUGUACAAUCCUCCAAGUGAGGUCUCACCAGUGUUCUGUACAAUGGCAUGAUCACUUCUCUCUUUCUAUUGCUAAUACCACUUCCUAUACAAAAGCAUUCUGCUAGCAUUUCCAGUUGCUCUAUUACAUUAUCUGCCUACAUUCAAGUCAUCUGAAAUAAUUACCCCUAAAUACCUUUCCUCAGAUGUUGAGGUUAGGACUCUAUCAAAUAGUCUGUACUCUGCCCUUGGGGUUUUUACGUCCAAGAUGCAUCAUUUUGCACUUAUCCACAUUAAAUGUCAGUUGCCACAAACUCUGCCCUUUUAAACAACUACAGACAUUGCAUAACAUACCAAAUUCGCUAUGCAAACAAAAGCCCCCACCAGCACUAGAACCACUAGCACCGCCUCAGCAGGAGAGACAGCGGUCUAUCCUCGAGGCGCUAUGCACACAGAAAAAAAACACCAUCCAAACCCAUGUCCCUUCUAUACCAUGACAUCCACAAAUUAAAUUCGGCAAAGCCAAAAUUCACCCUAGCAUGGGAGUCAGACUUCCAGCAGGAGCUAGACGAACAACAAUGGUCCAAAAUAUUCAAUGCAAAUAAAAAACUAACUCUAUGCACAACACACAUUGAAGUGUCCAGGAAGGUAUUGUAUCGAUGGCAUCUAGUCCCCACCAGAUUACACCACUUCAACCCCCACAAGUCAGACCUAUAUUGGAGAUUCCUAGCAUGCCCCGGAACGGUGUAUCAUAUGUGGUGGACUUGCGCAAAGAUUAUACCUUUCUGGACACAAAUCUCGAACCUAAUAAGGGACACCACACAAAUUGAUUUACGCAUGCAACCGGAGUGGUACCUACUACUACUCCCAUUAGGCAUACCUAAAUCUGCACAGUAUUUGAUGUAUCUCACCCCCCGACUUUGGCCUCCUGCAUCCAGGCCAUCGAAACUACCAAAAAAUACGAAAUUAUGGCUAGGAAAGCUGACCCCCAGGCACACCUCUGGGAGACCGCCUGGAACUCAUGGAAUACAUUCUAUAGCAGAGUAGAAAAAGGUAGUUAAGCAGCAACCGAUGUCAUUGGCUCAUGAUUCGAACUAUAGACACCUCUGGACAGAGGUAAUUCUGGGAUAUCUCUAACCCUAUUUCGCUGUAUGCCCUUAAACAUAUACAAGCAUUACUAAAGACCUCGACAAUUUCUUUCUCCCCCUCCCUCCCCUGGUACCCUUUCACCCAGUUUUAUUGACAUCCCCCUUUUUAAAGAAAAAUGGGCACAAGUAACAAUCAAUACAAUCCUGUACUAGGCCGAGAAUUUGAGAAUCAUACUACUUACUUGGGACAUUAAUCUCUCUCUCUCUCUCUCUCUCUUUCUCUCUCUUUCUCUCUCUCUCUCUCUCUCUCUCUCUCUCUUCUCUCUCUUUCUCUCUCUUUCUCUUUCUCUCUCUUUCUCUCUCUUUCUCUUUCUCUCUCUUUUCUCUCUCUUUCUCUCUCUUUCUCUCUCUUCUCUCUUUCUCUCUCUUUCUCUCUCUCUCUUUCUCUCUUUUUCUCUCUCUUUCUCUCUCUUUCUCUCUCUUUCUUCUUCUCUCCCCAAUUUUGGCUUAUCUCUUCUGGAACAUCAACCCUGUUACAUAUCUUCGUAUCAUCAGCAAAAAGACAUACCUUGCCAUCAAGACCUUUUGCAAUAUCCCUAAUAAAAAUAUCAAAGAGAAUGGGUCCAAGUACAGAUCCCUGAGGUACCCCAUUAGUGACAAGCCCAUGCUUCGAAUAUACCCGUUUAUUGAUAAGCCUUCUAUGUGCAACAGUGUCAAAAGCCUUAGUGAAAUCUAGGUAAGCAAUGUCUACUUCACCACCCUGAUCUAUUAUUUUAGAUUUUCAAAAAAAUCUAUGAGAUUAGUUUGGCAUGAUCUUCCUGAAGUAGACCAUGUUGUAUCUGAUCUUAUGUUAUUUUAGAUGUUCAACAAUCCUAUCCUUUAACAUGGUUUCCAUCACUUUCCCCACUACUGAAGUAAGGCUUACUGGCCUAUAGUAGCCCGACUCCUCCCUACUACCUUUGUUGUGAAUGGGCAUAACUUUUGGUAAUUUCCAAUCUUCUGGGACUACUCCUGUUAACAAUGAUUGGUUAAAUAAAUCUGUUAAUGGUUUUGCUAAUACACCACUAAGCUCUUUUAAUAACUUUGGGUGUAUUCCAUCAGGUCCCAUUGACUUAUUUGUCUUUACUUUUGACAGUUGAAAUGGAAACUCUUCCUCUCUAAACUCACAUGUAACAAAUGACUCUUUUUGUCCUAACUGAGGCUCCUUUUCUUCAUUUUCAUCUGUAAAUACUGAACAAAAAUAUUAAUUGAGGUAGUCAGCUAAACCUCUUCUACAUACCUUCCUCCUUUUUGUUUUUAAUCUAACUAAUCCUUGUUUUACUUUCCUUUUCUCAUUUAUGUAUCUAAAAUGUCUUUUGUCCCCCUAUUUUUUUUAUAUAUAUAUAUAUCUCUAUCUAUAUCCACAGUAUCCUUGCACUCCAGCUUCAAAAAAAUCAUUCAAACCGGGUGCUCAAAAUCAGGGGAAAUAUUACAUACCAGUCUGUGUUGAUUAGCACUCACGGAUUUCCAAAAUAAAGUUAAAAAAAAUCAGAGUUUAUUAAUCCAUUAAAAAGGCUCUUUCAACGUUUCAGUCCACUACUGGGACUUUCUUCAGGAAUGAAAAGCCAUAAGACAGAAUUACAAAUAUAUAACAAAUAAUUAAGAAUAAACUUACCCCAGGUGUACCGAGUCCCCCUGUGUGCACCGGCGACCCAUGGUGUGAAUUGCGCAUGCCUGAGGUUAAUCGCCCCCUUACAGUGUUGUCACGUGAUAAUGGAGACGUCGGCACUAGCCGUGUGUCCAUGACAACCAGACAUAAACUGGCCGCGAUAGUGCUAGAGACAGAGGAGAGAGUGUGCACGCAAAAAGUGAAUUGAUACAAUAUAUUUAAAAUAGCCCGGUAUUAGUAGAAACUAAAAAAAUUGCUACCAAUAAUCCCACUAUUAAAGUAAUCAAGUUACUAGUGAUCUAGAAAAGACCAUAUAUAUCCAUAAUAAUAAAUAUCAAUUUAAAGUGAUAAUGUGCAAAUCUGCGCUUAAGAGAGAGUGAAGACCACAUUAAAGAGAGGAACACAUUUAAAGUGAAACAGUGCUAUGUGUAUAAUUGUAGCCAUAUGUCCACUGGAAAGAAGUGAAAAUUUAAAGUGCCAGUUAAGAGGUGACUCCUAUAAAGAGCACAAUUUAAGAAAUAAUCUACUAAGUGUAGUUAUAAAGAAGUGAUAAUGAAUCAUAAAUGUAAAUGACAAAUUGAAGGAUAUUCAAUAAAAAUACACACAAAUUAGACUUUAAAAACAAUAGCUGCAGUAGAUUCAAAUAAAUGAGUGAUAGGAGAUAAUCUCAUUGAGUCCUUUGGGGGCUAUUGUAUCCAGAGUAUAUAUCCAAAAAGUCUCACGAUUUUAACAACAAUUUAGCCCUGUCCCCCCCCUCAUCUUGGUGGAGGGACAUGGUCAAUCGCCACGAAUUUAAGGGUUGAUAGUGGAUGUUGAAGAGAUUAAAAAAUGCUUUGCAACCGGCUGAUCAGAACUACCAUCCCUGUAGGCCACUCUUAUGCUUGAUCUAUGUCCUCUAAUCCGUUCACAUAGAGGAGUACCACAGUGGUUUCUUAAAUUUUUUGCUUUUACUGACAAGCCUAAUACAAUUUUCUGUUGCCUUCAGGAGUGCAACUUUUAAAUAAUCCCAUUUCUCCUGGACUACAUUUAAACUGCUCCAGUCUGAUAAUGACUCCUUUACACAUUCUAAUUUUAGAAAAGUAUGUUUUUCUGAGGUACAAAACGGAAAUGAAGAGCCCUGGAUUUACCAGGUUGUUUCAAAUUGACUUCUCAUUAUUUGUAGUGGUGGCUCAGCUGUAGCUGUGAAGUUUGGAGAGAUUGCCAUAACCAACUUGAUAUACAUUUAUUUUUUUAUUUUAUUUUUAGCACUUUUUGCUUGCAAAAAUAUAACCAAUUUUAUCUAAUAUCGACGGUGUGUCCUGGUGUCUUUUUUUAUUUUUAUUUUUUAAUUUCCCUUUUUCUUUAUAAAUCAACUUGCUUGCCUCCAAAGUUUUUCUAAUUAUCUGUCAGGAACUUCUUUUGGAGUUUUAGGCACGUUUUUGGAUGGUAGUUUUGUAAAUGUGUGUUUUGUUUUUUUGUCUCACCAAUCAUGCAUAUCUCCCAAACUGUCCCAGUAUUGUAUAUUCUGCAUACUUUUUUCUUUAGUUGGUAACACAUUCCCAGACCCAGAAUAUCCUAUAAUGGAGACUGCGUAAUGUAAGGGAUAGACUGUGUUGAACAGCGAGAUUAUGACAGAUUUGAGGAACUGAUACUGACAGGAAGAGAGUGGGUGAAAGUAACUGACAUCAAGAGAUGAACAUAUGGAAAGAGGGGACGGGGGAAGAACAACAGGGGACGGGAGAAUACUAUGGGGCGGGGGGGAGAGAGGAAUAUUAAGUGGGGGGGCACUAAAAGAGAAGGGAAGUUUUUCAUAUUAGAUUAAUUAAAUCAAGUCUAAUAUUAAAAAAAAAUUAUAGGAAAAAAACCUUUUUUAAAUUAUUUGGGGGGGGGAGUCAUUUUUGGUUUGGGCCCAGAAUUUUAAUUUCGGUGCACCCCUAGACACUAGUUACCAGAACUACAGAUUAUUAUCUUCAGGCUUUUUGCUGUAAAUACUGUCUUUUCAGAGAAAAUGCAGUGUUUACAUUACAGCCUAGUGAUAACUUCACUGGCCACUCCUCAUAUGGCUGCUAGAGUUGCCUCCUUGGGCAGUGCUGCAGAGUAAGCAGCACUUCAAUUCAGUGUCUCCACCCUCUCCACUUUCCUCAGAGAUUCAUUGAUUCAAUUCAUCUCUGAGGAGAUGCUGAUUGGCUAGGGCUGUGUUUGACUUGUGCUGGCUCUGCCCCUGAUCUGCCUCCUUAAAGCAUUGUAAUUGGUUCAGACCACCACUUCUGAUGUCAGCAGACAGGGGCAGAGUUAGCAGCUGCAGACUUGAAUACAUGUAAGAUUUUACUAUAUUUAGGAGGGCCAGGGGUGCUAGAUGGUGGUUUUAAAACUAUAUGGUGAGGAAUACAUGUUUGUGUUCCUGAUCCUAUAGUGCUCCUCUAAGUAAGCAUGAUUUGUUGUGUUGAGUUUGUUGCAGAAACUGUCAUUGUUUUAGCAGAAAAUGCUGUUGCAUUGUUAUAAUGGCAGAUUGAAUGAGUAAAUUGUCAUGGAGAUUCAAUAUAGCUAAAUUCAGACACGAUUUCCAAAUGUAUUCAUUGAUAGUUUGGUACAGAGCCUCUCUACUCUCUCUAUACAUUUUGAAUUCGAUUAUUCGUUUGUCCGGUUUCAUUUAGUAUAUUAUACUUUGCAGCUCGGGAUAUACAUUUUGUUUAUAAUCAAAUAUGGGUGGACAAAGGAUGCAAAAUUCUGAGUAAAACCUCUUUUGUGAAAGUUGUAAGAUUUGUUCAUCUUUUUAGUUCACCAGAAGAGCUCUGUAUUGGUGAAUAUUUCCAUACAUACUCAAGCAAAAUCAUAGAUCUUUUCAAGAUGACACGACUUCUCUUAAUAACAAACGUUUGGUUUUUACAGAAAGUGCCUUUGUGUUUGCAAAAUAAGUGGCUCAGUAAUGAAGCUUAUUUUAUCAGCAAACAGAGUAUACAGUUAAUUUUGUUAUUUAAAUUUAUUUAAAAGGCUACAGUUGUUCUGUGAAAUCUUGCAUGUGCUGAUGAUUGCAUAUUUCACUUUGAGUCAUAGGAUACUGCUCUAAAAGCAUUUCAAUAUUGGGGAUUAAAGGGACAUAUUUUAUUGUUAAAGUCGAAAAAUGGCACACUUUUUGUUUGUUUUUUUUGUUCUGUUUUUGACUUCAUGAUUUAUUUAUUUUUUUGUUUUCCUUUUUAUUUUUCCAGCAGUUUGUUCUUUCAUAUUUAAUACUUCAUAAAUAGAACUUGGUGAUGGUGAAUGGUUCAGCCUGACCAGCAAAUCCAUGCUGAGCUAGAUUUUAAUCCUGGUCCAUGUGGGUUUGAAAGCAGUGUGGUACUUCAAUAGAUUACCAUCAGGAAUUCCUCUUGUGCUCUGAACAAGUAAUGACCAUUAUGCUAAUUGACCAGUGUGGCUACUGUUCGUGAGUGUUAUUAAUAUGCAUAUGGUUAGAUAAUGAGAUUUUUUUUUAAAUUUAAUUUUUAACAUUUUAUGCCCCACACACUUUAAAUAGGGCAGACAGUGAAUGAAAAACUAUGAAAAUAUACUGGCAGUGCACACAAACAUAUAUAUUCAAUUAAUCGUUUAUUUAAAAAUUGUAUGAUUAAAAAUACUUACAUCUGUUCUGGAUUUUUUCUGGUGUUCACUGUAUCAAAAUAUUGGGCAUUACAAGGAACUUGAAGUGUUUACUAGAAUAAGUAGCGUAAUACAAGUUUUAAAAAAUGACUUAAAUGUUCAGUAUGACAGCUGCCUUCCAUAAUGCUCCAGGCUUGAUUUCACUACAUUACAGUGCAGAAGAUAUGCUCAGCUAAUGAAAUACUUUAAAAUAUGCUUGAAAUUGAUAUUGCUAAGUACUGGAUUGGAACCCAGUAUGGCGUAGUAAUGCAGGACUUGGAAAAUUUGUUUAGAUUCUGGAAGCCAGCUAAAAAAAAGCUAGCCGUUUUUUUUUUUGUUUUUUUUUUUGUUGUUUUUAAAUUAAAAAAAAAAUCUUUAGUCAUUGCUACCAACAAGCACAAUAAAAACAAAAAACAAAAUAAAAGUACACCUGAGAAAAGGUGCGUCGGAUCAGACAUAGAGUAAAAUAGAUGUAUAAUGGUUACAGCACAACCAAAAAUAUUAACUAAAUUGGCCAUCAAAAGAAAAAAGGGGGUAGAUGCUGUGGAACUCUGCAAGUGGAGGUGUAACACCUGAGAUGAUGUCUCUCAGGGCGUCUUCGGUGGAAGAGUCCUGCGGGAGCUCUAGGGUUUCCAGAAGGGCCAAUGCCUCUUUUAGGUUGUGUGCUGAGAGUCCCCCUAGAGAACCACUAACGUGCAAUUUAGGCGCCGUCGAUAUUGCAGAUCGUGUUUUCCAAGGUGGGUUGUGAACAGCCUCAGAGAUUGCCUCCAAAGCCAAUGUGUUCCCUGAGAGGUCAUUGUAAAACAUGAGUGCCUAUCCUUUAAAGGUGUACAGUGUUUGUAGAACCGCUGCCAGUGUGUAGUUGGACUACCAAGUCCCUUGGGACUGUAUCAGAGGCUCCUUGAUUUUGGGAAUGCAAAAGCAGCCCUCCACUCCCACCGCCUUGGCGUGGAGGCAGCAGAGCUCCUAGGGGCGCCUCAGCAUUUGUGGUAGUUCUGCCAUUGGGACCUCUUCAGAUACGCCCCGUAUCUUGAUGUUGGAUUUGCGCCCCAUUUCCUCCACGGCUGCCAGACUGCGGUCCUGCACCUCUCACUGCAUUCUGAGCUUGAGAAUUUCUUUCUGCUGCGUGGAGGCUAGGCUCCGGGGGUGUUCUCCUGAGGUAUUUUCCACCGUCACUAAUCUGUAUGUCAGGCCCUUUUAGGUCGGAUCUCAGGGUUGCCCCAUCUGCCAGAAUGUUAGCUUGCAGGUCGGCCAGUAGUGUCUUUAAUACUGCUUUUGUCACGGGGGAGUGUCUGUCUGGGGCCAGGGACCUUGGUUCCAGUGCUGGUCGGGCGUGUAGGGCCAUAUCUUCCUCCCCCAUAAAACGAUCAUCAUAAGGUCAGGGUAAGUCUCUGGGUAGUCGUCCAUCUUGGGCCUAAUUGAACACUGCGCCUGGCGCAGGAGGUGUGUGAUAUUCAUGCCCGUGCGGGGCUUAUCCGGCUUUUGUUUUUUGGUCUUUUGACCCAUCUUGUCUCUUAUACCUUGUUCCUGCGUUUUUGUUUCCCUGAUCGAGGUAUAGUGCCCGAAAUGGGGGUUUAGAUGGCUGUGUAUGCAAGGAGCUCUGCUGGAGUGCAACCAUUCAGCUCUGCUGCGAAACUUCACUUUUUUUUUUUUUUUUUUUUAAACUGCCAAAGCAUUAUUUUCGGACAAAAAUACAAUUCUUAAAGGGUCACUAUAGUCACCAGAAGCACCAGAGCUUUAAUGCAAGGGUUCUGGUGUCUAUUGCCUGUCCCUACAGGCUUUUAAACACACUACAUUUUCAUUGCUGCUUAGUGACAGUCACUCAGAUGCUCUAGAGGUGCUUCUAUGACCAGUGCUGCACAAUGUGCAGCAUCUACACGCUCUACAUGGAGGCGCUGAAUGUUCCCUAUAGAGAUGCAAUGAUUCAAUGCAUCUCUUUAAGGAGAUGCUAAUUGGUGCAGCAUACUGUUUUGAUGCGCAUGUCCAACAACCUCCCAAUGCUGUCUUAUGGGAAUAUUGGGAUCUCCGCCAUGAAGGUCAAGUCAGGCAUGGCGAGACCGGCACAGCAUGGGGAACAAAGGUGAGUAAACACUUUUCCCAUGCAAUCUUAGGGGAGCUGGUAACCUAGACAGACGCACGCACACACACGUGUACACAUCUCAGCACCACAGCAAGGCGCACAAGGGAGCAGAGCAAGAAGAGCUGGUGCCUGGGGUUUGUUGAGCGCUGCUGUAAUGGCAUCAUAACCACUACAUUGAACUGUAAUUGUUAUGGUAACUAGGCUGUCAUUUAACAUAACAUUACCCCCCUCCCAGCAAGAAUAUGUAAAACUAGUUAAUUUUAAAGUAAUUUCCUGCAUCUGGUCAGAUAAUUAAAUUCUUGACAUUCUUCAAUUUAUCUUUUGUGGGUCCAUUUGUAAACUAAUGGUCAGGAACACUAAGGGGUUAGGAAUAAAGGUUUGUAUUACUAACACUUUAGUGUUCCUUUAAUAAAUUAAAUAUGUGAAUAGAAUUGUAGAAAGUUAUGCUAAAAUAACACAUGUAAUGUUUUUAUAUUAAUGCUAUGUUGCAGCUAAUUUUUCUGCAAAAAAAUAAACUACUUAGCAGCUCGUAAAUGGCCUUUUGUUUGUGAUUAUGUGUAUUUAUUAUAUAUAAGGUCAUUUUUAAAAUAUGGAAACAUCCCAAAGAUAUACCACUCCGCACUACUCAAUGUCUUAUUUUUUUUUUAAAGGUAUUUAUUAAAUGUUUCAUGCUCUAGAAUUGCAAUAGAGAAUCACUGUUCUAUGACGAUAUUUUUUUAUCUCUGUAUAUAUCUCGUCAAUUCAUAGUAUAUACAUGGUAUUUGAAAAUAAAAUGAAGGCUUAUAUAAUCUAUAAAUCUUUUUGUGUGAUUUGUAUUUGUUUAUUUUUUUUUCUUCAAGUUCUGAGACGUGGGUCUCAACCACUGGGUCUGACCCAAAAAGUUCUUCCCCAUAAAGUUUCUUUUCACUGGGUCCCAUCUGGGUGGUAUAUGAAUUUAUUGGGUCCCAAGCAACUGCACAAAAAAUGUUUACUCUAGCAGCUCUUCCUUACCUAGUAAUGGACUUGCAACAUUUUCCUAGCAGUUCCUUAUCUCUGCUAGAACACUCAAAACCUUGGAAAUUCUGCCCCCUUGUGUUUUGAACAGUUAGUUGGAAUUACAAUUGAUAAAUUGGUAUGUUUUUUUUUUUUUCCCUUGUUAAUGAACAUUUACAAACUUUCCCAAAUUACAAUUUCUGUUUUUAUCUAAUUUGAGCAAAAGGUGCAUUGCUUUUAUACAGAUAAAGACAGCGCUUUAUAAUGCGCACACACCUGCUUUACCCCUGUAAAGUUCCUAGUUAACACCUUCACUAUUCUGUGAAUGAAGUAUUUUAGCUACAUUUUGUGUUGAUCAUGUUUAUUCUUAGGCUGCAUUGUGCAGUGAACAACCCAUUAUAACUUGUAUGGUUUCUGCUAUUGAAACUCAUUGGUGUUCUUUAUCUUUACAGGUUCGAGAAGAUGUUUUAAACUCUCUUAACAACAACUUUUUACAAACCCUUAAUCAGGCUUGGAAUGACCACCAAACGGCCAUGGUAAUGAUCAGAGACAUUUUGAUGUACAUGGUAAGUUUUUUUUGGUAUACAUGCUUUAUAGCAUGUAUUCUGAACUAAAACCUCUAUCGGCAUGGUGCAGCCGGUGCUCUGGCAGUUGCAAACAUGCAGUGUGUGCAUGAGCUGUAAAUAUUGGCACAGUCAAGGAAAACUUAUAGAUUGUCCCUCGUUUGUCACAGAGAAAGUGGUAGACUUGGCUUCGGUGAUUUAUUCAUUUUAUAAAGAACUACGAAUGGCUGCAAAUGAGGAGGGACUUAAAAGCUCUCCCAAACUGAUUCUUCGUAAAUACUUGUAUGUAAAGACAAAUCAAUGUCUGGCAAGUUAAUAAUUUGUCAAAGUGGCUAGUUGUAUGAUAGUUGGGAAUAGACAGAUUUUUAUUUAUUUUUUUUCCCAGUGCUCAUGCCGAUACAGAUUAACAAUCCCUUUUUUUUAUGCCAGUUACUAAUAGCCGUACAUUUAACUUUAAAAAAAAAAAAAAAAAAAAGCAGCACAAUUUUCUACAAAAUCUAGCAUUAAUUGAGCAUGCUGACAGCCAUCACUCUCUGCAUGCAGGGAGUGGUGACGUGAGGCUGUGAUGUGGCUCCUCAUUGGCCGGCAGAUGGAGUUUUAGGGUCAUCGGUAAUAUUGGUAAAUUACAAGGCUGAUACAGAUUUAUCUGAAAUAUGUUGAGUAUUGGCACUGAUAAUCAGCAGAACCAGUAAUUAGUCUAUCCCUAGUCACUUGACUGUGCUGAAUGAUUGGUGUAAACAUGUGCAUGAUAUGUGUUAGGCUUUGGAAAUUUUUAAAACCUAAAAAUGAAAGCACUAAAAAGGCUUUCUCUUUGAGAUGUCCUUACUUUUUUUGGUACAGGAUCCUCUUGCAGCCAUACUAAGGUAAUAACAUUAAAACGUCUAUUAAACCGUGGCCAAAUGUUAACUCCGGACUGUAAAAAGACGCCCUCAAACGUCUGUCUUCAUAACUUAAAUGAGCCAUAACUUUACAGGCCAAAUUGCUGUAAAAUGGUUUUCGUGAAAUCAUUGUAACUUUACACAACAUUGCUAUGUGAUUGCUGGGUGUAAGGUUUCUUUAUGACGAAGCAAUUUUGAUUAUUUUAGGACUACUUUUUUAGAAUCCAAUAACACAUUGUAAACAUAAAAAAAAAAAACACAUAUUGCUCUGUUGAAGUGAGAUAAAAUAUGGGAUUAGUAAUACUGGCACCAAAACUAUAUAUUUCGGAGUUAACCUCUCUAUGAAAGUAUCCCAUAAUAUUGUUUGCCCUGCACACUUGGUUUUAGGAAGUGACUAUUUUGGUCUUAUGCCUACUGAUGCCUGUUUCUGGAGUUAGUGAUACAAUAUGGCAAAUAUAUUAAAAUAUCUCUGCAUUUGGAAUGUUUUGAGACAAAGCAUUCCCAACAGCAGGACAAAUGACAGGAGAUCUUGGGAUGAUUUAACAAGAGAAAUCGACAUUUAGCUCAAAAUAGCCAAGUUUGAACAUUUUCAUCUCUCUUUCUAGCUUAACUGUGUUGGCUUCAAAUUUGCAGUUCUCUUGUCGGAGGUACGCAAUUAAUAGAUUGUGAAUUUAAUAUUUAUUUGGGGUAUUUACGACUAACCGGUAUGAUGAUUCAGUUUAAAAAGGAAUGAGGAAUUAUGCAUCUGACCACUUUUCUUUUUCCAGGAUAGAGUUUACGUUCAGCAAAACAAUGUUGAAAAUGUCUACAAUCUGGGGUUGAUCAUAUUCCGUGAUCAGGUCGUGCGUUAUGGCUGCAUAAGGGACCACUUGCGACAGACCUUGUUGGAUAUGAUUGCAAGAGAGCGCAAAGGUGAAGUGGUGGAUAGGUGAGUGUUUUAUUUUUCAUUGUUGUUCUAGGGUUAUUCACAUCAAAUUCCAGGACUUAACUCAAGCCAAAUAUUUAAGUUAACCUAUCCUUCUCUUUGCUGAUUAACGCAAAUUUCUUUGUCCAUGCUGGGCAGUGUUCAAAUAAAUGCUUUUCAAAGAGAAGCAUUCACUUGAACAUUUGUGUGCUGAGAAACUAAUCAAGCACGACAUUGGAUAUCAAUUAGCAGUAGGCAAGCUGGGCAGGGAUCAGCCAAUAUCUGUGAGUGUAAAGGCUGUGUGUUUCCCAUCAGUAUAUUGUGGGCACAAACAACGGAUGCUAUGAUAGCACAAAUUCUGCAUAGGCAGCCCUUUGGUUUUAUGCCUACUGAUGCCUGUUUCUGGAGUUAGUGAUACAAUAUGGCAAAUAUAUUAAAAUAUAUCUGCAUUUGGAAUGUUUUGAGACAAAGCAUUCCCAAGCAGGACAAAUGACAGGAGAUCUUGGGAAGGAGCAGGGUUGUCUGGAGGUGGAUGUUAUGAAAUUAUAAUUUCCACAUAGGUGAGCACAUGGCGACGCUGGAAAGGAGACUUUGUGAGUGAAUAUCUCAAAAUUUUACAUUGAAUACAUCAUGCAUCUCUGUAUUCCAUGCCAUUUGCAGGGGGGGUGGCAUUUAUACAUUCUUUGUCAUCAUGUACAUCAAUUGAUCAUAUCACAAUGCUUGGCAAAUCCCAGGAGUCAAGCAGCCUCUAUACAUUUACAAAACAUUUUCUUUCACAAAACUGGCUUAGAAAGAAACUUGCCUUUCCUAAGCCAGUUUUGUGAAUGCAGAGUCACUGGCUGAGUGCGCGAUCUGACCACUUUCAGCCAAUCAGGGAUGCCCAUGCCCGACGGCACGCCACGCUUUCUGAAACAGAUAUUUCAGAAGCCGGACGCGGCCUGUUUGAGCUGUGAUCGGUGUUGGGGUUAAACUGUUUGAAAAAGGUUUUCCCCUUGAGGUAAAAGGGAGCCCAGGGGCAUCCUGGUACAUAACAUAAUGUAUAUGAAGUUGUUACAGUGCCAAACUGUCCACUUUUAAGGAUGCUUCAAACUCAAUGCCCCUGUUUGUUUUAAAAUUUCUAGUAGACCUACAGUCCUUUUAUCUCUCCCUCACUUUGGUUAUUGCUCUCGGUAAGCUUUAUCUCGAUGCCCUCACACUAGCUCUUCUUGCGAUCUCGACUUUAAGGUUUUUCUUUCUUCUUUUUGAUUACAUUAGUACUCCAUAUCGUAUGAUCUUUAAAGGAACACUAUAGCGUCAAAAACUCAAACCUCUAUUCUAGCCCACCUUAUCCCCCUAAGUAUAGUAAAAUUUUACUUUUAUUUACAGUCUGCUGUUUCUGGCUCUGCCCCUGAUCUGCCUCCUUGGCUGACAUCAGAAGUGAUGAUCUCACCCAAUCACAAUGCUUUCUCUGUCAGGGGCGGAGCCAAACACAACCCAGGCCAAUCUGCAUCUCCUCAUAGAGAUGCAUUUAUAUGAGGGAAGUUCUGUGUCCCCAUGCAGAGGGUGAAGAAACUGAAUGUGGCACUGGAGGCGUCCCUAGGCUGUAAUUUCUUUGAAAAAAAGUUUUUGACUAGACCAGAACAAAUACAUUAACCUUUAACAUUGGCAAAAAAAUACAGAUUUAUUUAUUUGUCCUAUCGGGUCAUUGGAAUGAUCACUUUGGUUAUUUGUCAAAUUAUUUACUUAUCUGCAAUUUUUCAUUGACCUUUAAAAACUGCAAUACUAGUUUACUAAACUUGUAUUUAUUUGAUUCUGUUCCCUUUGUUUGUGUUGUGUGACACUAUGGAUGACAGAGGUGCCAUAAGAAAUGCUUGCCAGAUGCUAAUGAUCCUUGGACUUGAAGGGAGGUCAGUCUAUGAAGAAGAUUUUGAAGCUCCGUUUUUGGAGAUGUCUGCAGAAUUCUUCCAGGUAUUAAGAUACUGUCAUACUAUUUUGUUUUCUUUUAUAUUGAAAGUGUAAUUUCACUAGUAGUGAAGUAAUAUAGUAGUAUGUUUUUGUUACAGGUUGAUAUAGUAUAAUUUUUUUAUUUUAAUAUACUAGAUCAGGGGUAGGCAACCUUUCAGCAGUAUUGUACCAAAACAAGAUCUUGAUGCCCCCUGGUGUGCCAUUUUUAAAUUGAGUUGUGUGUGUUGCCAUAUACUGAUUGCCUUAUUUAUGGGUGCUACAGUUGCUUUGAAGCGUUGUAUUUGUGUGGAUGUGGCUCUUAUAUAUGUUCAUGAGUGGUUUGUGGUACAGUAUUGUGUAUCAUAACUACGAAUGUGGGCUGUGUAUGGGGGCUGCUUGUAGAAUUGUAUGGAUUAAAUGUCACUUUGUGUAUUUGUGGGACUGUUUGUGUUACUGCAUCUGAGAGGCUGGUUGUGAGGUUGUGUGUACGUAUGUGGCUUGUCUGUGGUGUUGGUGUUUGUGGGGACUCUAUGUGGCCUGUUUGUAUUACUUGUAUGAGGAGGAGGCUUCUUCUCCAGCUCUGUGUAUAUCUAUCAGUGUAGUCUGCUUCCCUGGGGUCCAGUGUGGACUGGGUAGGCCAGACACAGGUCACGGACAGGAGAUUUGAUAGUUGCUGUGGGUUGCUCUACUCCAGUGUGGAUUCCAUUUCACAAGUGCUGGGAGGAUGUUUUCUGAGAUAACCUCCUCUACAUGCUGCAAUGCGUAAGCUGAAGAUUGCCCCUCACCACCUGCAAUCACCGCUCCAUUUGCACUAGCAGAUAUGAGAUCGCACUGGGACUCUUCAUAGUCCAAAGUCUGUUUUGCUCUGGCAGCCUUGAGUGCCAUGCAUGGCACACAUACCAUAGGUUGCUGACCCCUGUACUCGAUCAUGUGCUGCUUUUGACUUAAUAAUUUCCAUGGUAUGUUUGAAGAAUUUCUUGUGGGUGCUGUUGCAUUUCAUGAUUCUGUAAACUUAACCAAAGCUAUCCUUUAUUUCUCACAGAUGGAAAGUCAGAAGUUUUUAGCUGAAAAUAGUGCAUCUGUGUAUAUAAAGAAAGUAGAGGCAAGAAUAAAUGAAGAAAUAGAACGUGUGAUGCACUGUUUAGACAAAUCAACAGAAGAGCCCAUUGUGAAAGUUGUGGAGCGGGAGCUCAUAUCCAAGCAUAUGAAGACUAUAGUUGAGAUGGAGAACUCUGGCUUAGUCCAUAUGCUGAAAAACGGAAAGACUGAAGGUAUAAUCCUCAACUUGGGAACUUUGUACAGCACUGUGUAUGGAAGACUGCUUAUGUUUAAUGUUUUAAUGGGUUUCUAUAGUGUUAGGAAUGCAAAUCUGUAUUCCUAACACUAUUGUGCCCUCUGGUCCCCCAGCAUGUAAAGGGUUAAACCCUUUACUUACCCAAUUCCAGUGCUGAUGUCCCUCAGCACUCCGCCUCAUUCGAUGCGCGCCGAGCCGCCCCUAGGACAUUAUAUCCUCCACAUAGAAAAGCAUUGUCGCAAUGCUUUCCUCUGGAUAUCCUCAUUCAGAGUGUGAGGACGUCCCGCAUCAUUUAGGGGACAUAGUCUAUUAGCAUCCAGGAAGUGUCACUAGUGGCUGGCUGACCACAGGAAAUGGAGCACACUUUGCUCCUCCGCUUGUCAUAGAUGGUCAGGUGUAGGAAACCUCCACAAGACAAAGUAAAUCCCUACUUUGUCUUCUGUUUUAAAGAAAGCUAGAGCAGACAGGAAGAAAUGAACAGAGAAUGAGAGAGGAAGCGAUUGGGGAAAGGUAAGUUCGGCAUGACAGUGCUGCUUUAAUCAUUUUGAAACAUGAUCCUUAAAGAUCCUGAUUGUUAUGACAUUGACAAUCACUGUUUCUUAAGGGAUUAAAAAUGCUUUUAGUUGUUAUAUUCAUUACAAAUGUAACUUCCAUAACUAUGUAAAGGAAACAUUUAUGAUGUGGUAGUAAGCUAUGAAUUAUAACUUUUUGAUUUUCGUUGAACUACUUAUAGGGGAGGGGGGACUGCUCUUAAGGGUUGAUCGCUCCAAAAAAAGCAAUUUAGGUACAUUCAGUAGUUCUACAGGAUGUCACUGAAACCCACCCAACACUUCCACACCUUGGGAAUUUGAGAUGGCAAAUGUUAGCAGUUAUUCCAUUUAAUAAAUAUUCUUCUACACCCUGUUGUUCACCUGUCCCAUUCCAUCUUACUCUUCUAUUAGUAAAUAAAAAAAGCUUUCCAGAUCUUUAUACAAGCAACAAAAUACAAAUUAGAUGUUUGUUGGAAGGAGAAACUUGCUUAAAAUAACUGAAUGAAUUACUUUUCUGUAUAUUAUAUCUUUUUAGUUGCCACGGGUAUAUGACAGUUUCUUUUGGAAUGGAUAAAAGGGUUGAUUAGAUUAUCUUACAUGUAUGUUUUGUAAGUCACAUUCUUUAAGACUUUAUUUGUACUUUUUUUUUUUCUUAAUUCCAUGUUUGUCUUCACAGAUCUGGCUUGCAUGUACAAGUUGUUUAGCAGAGUUCCAAAUGGUUUGAAGACUAUGUGUGAGUGUAUGAGCUUGUAUCUUAGAGAACAAGGCAAAGCUCUCGUUUCUGAAGAGGGAGAAGGGAAGAACCCAGUCGAUUAUAUUCAGGUAUUUAUAAGAAUAUAUCACUUCAGAUUACUCUUAUUUUUAAUAUACUGUAUUUUCCGGCGUAUAAGACGACCCCCAACUUUUCCAGUUAAAAUAUAGAGUUUGGGAUAUACUCGCCGUAUAAGACUACCCCUCUUCCAAUGCACACCAAAUAAAAAUUAGCUAUGAUGUACAGUGAGCAGACAGAGCUACACAGCAAGAUAUUGAAUAAUGAUAAUCUGAAAUAGCAUUUAAAGCCCAGGUAUGUGCCAGGCUGUUUUGGCAUAUAAUCCAUGCCUGCUGUUCUAGCACACAGGAGGCUAAUUGUGAUAUAUUCUUUUUACUCCCACCCCCCCUCCAUUCUUUUUACUCCAAAAAUCCUCCCUACAUUCUUCUCACCUCCCCUUCCCUGUGCAGAGUGGGUGGCCUGAAUCUCCUGUACCGCGCGGUACCUGGCCGGACUGACAGGACGAAGAGGAGCUCAGCCACACCCACUCUGCACAGGGAAGGGGAGGUGAGAAGAGAGGCAUUGCGGCAGCCAUGUAGUCCCUAUACCCGGCGUAUAAGACGACCCCUGACUUUGGAGAAGAUUUUCCAGGGUUCCUACAGUACAUCUAGAACAGGACAAAAUCUACCUGUGCUUGUAGAAUGUUUACUUUCAUAAAGGGUUUGUUCCACCUGCUUGCAUUCUCUUAGCCUUUCAUAUUAACAUUUCACAGCUUUCUAGAGGUAAUGAGCUAAUGGUUACAUUAACACAAAAACUGAAGUUACAUUCCUGUGCCUUUUAUUAUUCCAGAAGUAACCAGGUUUAUUUCACUACCUUGUUAUUAGCAGACCAGCUCUCCUUCUAUGUAUAUUUAAGGAUAUCAUUGAUUCAGGUUGAUGUGCGUAGGCUAAGUGAUUUUCCCAGGACUGUUCUAGAAGUGUGUAUGGUAAUUGCUGAAGAACUGCAAGGUUCAGAGAUAUAGGAAUUCUAUUUGUCUAGAUCUUGAGAUCUGUCAAAUUAUAUAUUCACUUCAAACAUGCUGUGUAGGCACACCAUAAUGGUAAAUUGGAAGUAGUGGAGCUUUACAAUUUAAUAAGGAUAUUUAUAGGUGCUUUUUAAAAGGUGGGGAAACGGUUUUAAGUGAACCUAGCAUUCAGACAUUCAGAUUUUUCUGUAUGUUGGCCAUAUUACUAGAAUAUCUGUUUGUCCCCUUUCUGAUUUUGUACAUUGAGCAUGCACUCCCACCCCCCUUCCUUAGUAGAUUUUAUGUGGAUAGCACAUGUAAAGAAAACUGUGUAUAACAUUCCUGUGCUACUUGGGAUGUGUUUAAUUAUUUAUUUGUUUAUUCAUUGCAAGAGCUUGUGUAACAAACAUCAAAUAUGUGAAAAUCUUUUAAUUGUAUUCUCCAAUCCUGUGUGGCAAAGUGUAUCUGUUUUAUGUAAACAAAUUGCAAAAUAUGCAGAGAUUGCAAAAGGUGACAGAGUAGUUAUAAAUCUUGUAAAGAUCAGUUGGUGACUGCUUAGCUUGCAGGAGCUUGAGUAGCAGGAGAAGGUUUUUUUUUUUUUUUUUUUUUAACCCGGACCUGUCCCUUGCAGACACUUUCAUCUUCUUCUGCAAAGUCCUUAAGCUCCUGUUGUUUUAUCUGCCAGGAGCCGAUGGCCAUGCUCUCAAGUAUAGCACUGAUGUCAAUGGAGGAUCCUGCAAAACAGAGCCCUUUUCCAUUCAGCUAACACUAGUGGCGGCUGAGUGUUUGUAAGCGGUAGCUCUGCCUUUCUUUGUCAAGCAUAGGAAAAUACAUAAGACAAAACCUUCAAGUAGACGUCCAGUGAUUUUCAUUGUGUGUGUAUAUGUUUAUACCUUUUUGUUGUGGGAGUUAUUUUUAUCUGUAUUAGAAUGCUUAUAUUUGACUCUUUCACUAUUUACUCAAUCCCAAGGGACUGCUCGAUCUGAAAAGCCGCUUUGACCGUUUUCUCCAAGAAUCCUUCAACAAUGACCGCCUGUUUAAGCAAACCAUUGCUGGCGAUUUUGAGUAUUUCCUAAAUCUAAAUUCCAGGUCUCCCGAGUACCUUUCCCUAUUUAUCGAUGACAAGCUUAAAAAGGGAGUCAAAGGAGUAAGUAUUCCAGCCAGGGUCUGGUUUAGGUACCAUCUGAAUCUUUUAUUUUUCUUUAAAGGAGCACUGUCGAUUAACUGGAAAAUGCUAAAGUUUUACCUUAAAAUAUUGUGUUCUCUGUGGGUUUGAUGAUGUAUAGUGCAGAGCCGCCAUAAUUUUAAAGGGGUUACGCUAGUUGCAAGUUGUGGUACAUUGAGUGUCCCUUACCAGUCCAUCAGACAGAAGCAGCAAGACACAAUUUGAGUAUGUUUAUUUUACUUUCCCUUUUUUAUGGGACUCCACCAUUUGCUUGCAUAACUUACAGCCUUUAAAAUUAACAUAUUUCUAGGUUUUAUACACAGCUUUCUAGAUAUAUUUAACAGAAUCUACAUUCCUACAUCUUUCAUUAGUUCAGAAGUAUCCAUUUGUGUUUAUUUCACGACUUGGCCAUCUUCAAAUGAGCUCUGUGCUUGUAGACUGAUGUCCCCAAUUGUGGCUGGCACACGAAGGCUGAGCAGAUUCGUUAACUUAUUUUGCCGGGACUGUAAAAUACAUGUAAAUAGUAAUUGCUGUGGAACCAUAAAUGUUAAAGGUUAGAAUAUUAUUUAUCUGGCAUAUAUGAACAGCUAAGAAAAUGUAUUAAUGUUAAACCUAGCAUUUUUAAAAUGUCUUUUCAAGGAGGAUUGCAGAUAAUUUUGCUUGACAGCUGCAAGAGGCAUAAGCUCUGCCCAUUGUUAAGUUUUGUCAAACUGCUACAGGAAAAGUGGUCUCUUCUUUACAAUAAGUGGGAUUAAGGGACAGAGAUCUAGAUAGAAGCAGAAGUUAGAAAGUUCAUUUUUGGUGACAGAGCUAAUUUAAUUAAGCAGUUCUGUCUUCUAGGUUGCCCAACCCCUUUCCAGGCUUAUAACUGAACCAGGUUAAACCAAUUGUUUAGACCUUAUACCAAAUGUCUAGCAAGUAAAGUGUGCAAAGGAACUAUAGCGCAUUAUUUUCAAAACUGUGUAUUGACAAUCAAAUCCUGCAAGUUGAGUCAAAAUAGAGAAUACUCAUAUAUUCUAACUAUGAUGCCCUCCUCCUUCUAUCAAACGUGUAAUUUGGUUUUGAUGUAUUCACAACUACCAUUCAGUAAAUUCUUUAAUCUACAGGGCAGCACGGUUUUCUGUUGUAAAUUUCACGUUUUCUUUUUUUCCUUAAGUUGACGGAACAAGAGGUAGAGUCUAUUCUGGAUAAGGCAAUGGUCCUUUUCAGAUUCAUGCAAGAAAAAGAUGUUUUUGAACGAUAUUACAAGCAACAUUUGGCCAGAAGGCUGCUUACAAAUAAAAGUGUCUCUGAUGACUCUGAAAAAAAUAUGAUCUCAAAGUUGAAGGUAAGAUCCGAAUAAACCAUUUUCAUAAAAUGCUUACUUUUUUUAUUCCAGUGUCAGAUAUAUAUUUUCUUCAUGAUUUGCAAGGCCUUAACGACACCACCUCUGUAUAGAAUUGUGUCAUGAAUUAAACAUGCUGAACAUUUUACAUGUGUUCCUUAAUUACAGGUAGAGGAAGCGGUUCUCUAGUGAUCUAGAAUCAGGCCACUGUUUUCAGCCUACCAAUGGUUUAGCCAUGUGAUUUUGGAUGAGCUAGAACAAUGAUCACAUGACUUCAAACAUUGUUUAUGAGGGUCUCCAUGUUGCUUUCUCGUUCAAUUGCAAGAAAAUAUAUAUAUUUUUUUAUUUUUUUUAAUAUCAAUUAUAGUUGUAUUGUGUUCUUGGCUUCUUAUAUGAUGCUAGUUAACAAUAGUUUUUUUGAAUUUAUUAGUACAUUAAAUUCACUUUGAAUUUUAUUUUUGCAUAAUUAAAGUGACAGUCUCACUGCACCUUUUUGCAGCAUUCAUCUAAUUUACUGUAUUUUCAGUUAAAGUACUGGCACCAGAACAUGGAUGCAGAUUGUGAAGUGACGUGUGCCUCAAAUGGCUUUAUCUGCAUUUUUCUUUUUACUAUCAAAAACUGAAUAAGUGUUGCUUAUCUGGGCUUUCAAAGCUGGACUCUGCAUUGCAGACAUCUAGGAACUACUGAUAGUAAGGUUUGUUUUCUGUAGCUUAAAGGAGCACUAUAGGGUAAGGAACACAAACGUGUAUUCCUGACCCUAUAAGGUUAAAACCACCAUCUAGCACCCCUGUCCCUGUCAUGCCUCCCUAAAUAUAGUACAAUCUUACUGUAUUCAAGUCUUCAGCUGCUUACUUUGUCCCGGUUUCCUUUAGACCUGCCUGCUGACAUUAGCAGAAGUGGUAGCCUGAUCCAAUCACAAUGCUUCCCCAUAGGAUUGGUUGAGACUGGCAUAGAGGAAGAUCAGGGGCAAAGCCAGCACAAUUCAAACACAGCCCUGGCCAAUCAGCAUCUCCACAUAGAGAUGCAUUGAAUCAGUGCAUCUCUGAGGAAAGUUCAUUGUCUGCAUGCAGAGAGUGGAGACACUGAAUGUUUUGAUGCAUUUUAGGCAGCCAUGAUCCAGGAAGGAUCUCUAAUAGCCAUCGAAGGAGUGGCUAGUGAAGUUAUUACUAGGCUGUAAAGUAAACACUGCAUUUUCUCUAAAAAGACUGUGUUUACAGCAAAAAGCCUGAAGGUAAUGAUUCUACUCACCAGAACAAAUUCAAUAAGCUGUAGUUGUUCUGGUGACUAUAUUGUCCUUUUAAAGUAAUCUGGUAGAUACUAAAAGGGUCUCAAAAAAAUGUCUGUCUGCUGUGUUGUUGGUGUUCUAUGAUUGUCACUACAGUUAGGAUCCUCUUUGACUGCUAACUGUACAUGUAAAAGAUGCAUAAUUGGCAAACAUAUCAUACCUUUUAUUCAUUCUUGUAUCUCUGGCAUUAUAUGAUUUGGUAAUACAGCAGCAUUUAAGUUCAUAAAACCGUGUCAGUUUAAAAAAAUUUUUUUUUUUUUUUUUCAUUUGUAUCUUGUUUUUUUUUUAAAUGGCAGGUUGAAACGUGUAUUCUCUUCUGGAUGUGUUCUCAUUAAUGGACUUAAGAAAGCUGUGCUGUUUUUUGAAGGGAAUUUUUUUUAUUUUUUUUUUUAAAUUAUUUUUGUGGCAAGUGUAUGUAUGGUCCAUCAAUAAACUUUUUUAGGGCUGUUUUAUAUACACUGUGAUUGUGAAACAUACCAAGUCAAAACUAUAUUUUGACUCUCCAGUAUGUGCUGUAAUUCCAAAAUCCAUACUUCUAGAUUCUUAUUUAAAGGGACACUAUAGUCACCAGAACCACUACAGCUUAAUGUAGUAGUUCUGGUAUCUAUAUAGCAUGUCCCUGCCGGUGUUUCAUUGCUGCCUGUUAACUCCUCUAUUGUCAGUCACUCAGGCUGCCACUAGAGUUCCUUCCUAUCUUUUUGCUGCACUGUGUGCAAAAUUUACGUUCAGUGUUAGGAAAGCACUGGAUUGGCUAAAAUUAUAAAGAUUGAUCUCCGCCAUGAAGGUUAGGCCUGCCGAGGUGAGACCUGUGUGGUGGUGGAGGAAAGCAUAAGUUUAAAAUACUUUUUACCCAUGUAGAGGGGGCCAGUCACUUAAAAAUCUAUUCCAGGAUUACUGUGUUAGAAAUACAUGUUUGUAGUUCUAACAUUAUGUAGGGUUCCUUUAAUUUAUUCUUCAGUGUAGAUGAUUGUGGAGAUAAAUUGGAUUAUGUUUCUGCAGAAUAACAAUGUUUUCACUUGCAAGGUCUAAACUAGAGGUACAUAGCACUGAGACCACUUCACUGAGCUGAAGUGUUCUGGGUGCCCAUAGUUCCUGUAAUAAAAUGAGGCCAGGAUUUUGAUGUAAAUGUGUCCGUUAAGGAAUGUGAAAAAAAAAAAAAAAGUCUAGUAACCCAACCCACUUAUCCCUCAUGACACGCUACUUGUCCUGACCCACAAAAUAAUUUUAAUUAGAAAUAUUUGGGCCACUGCAUCUCUCCCACUGUCCUUUUUUUCAAUUUAUAUUAUAUUAGCUUUGUACAGAAAUUAUACAACUUUUCCAUUUUCUGGGAUUUGCAUAAGAAAAACAGGGCAUUACAUUGGAUACGGGUAUGGGUACAUGAGCCAAGUGGUAUAUCGUGGUGUGAAACAUAUGGGGAAACCAGCAUGGUGUUUGCCAUUAUGCACAGUGAAGAUCAUCCAUAGAGCUCCAGUGAGGCCCCAGUGGUGGUACGGGCAGACCACUGGGAAAGUCUGUACGGGUUAAAGAAUUAAGAUUUGGGCUCUGGUAGGAAAUCUGAUUGCUGGGGUGGAGGAUACCCUGCGAAUUGAGGUUGCACUUGGUCCCCUGCUGUGUUUGUCUGCUACCUCCUCGUCUGACAUCUGUCUGUCGCUCUGCGGUUUGCGCUGUUGGUGACGGUUGUGCUCCCUCCAACAGCCUGAGUGUGCGGAGGAAUGUGUGUCAUCAGUAGAGGUGAGUGUAUGUGAUGUGUCUCCACUCGAGACCAGCAAAGAUCCCUCUGCUCCCCAUCAGUAUUUUAUGGAGUUGUCUCGUAAUCUCUUGACGAUAGGGGCCAGCCUCCUCUUCUCCGCAAGGAUGGAGAAGGGAAGAUCUCGGUAUAGCGUGAUCCGUUGGUCCUCCAGGGUUACAGUGCCCAACUCUCUGGAACAAUUUAAGAUGGCAGUUUUUGACGUUAUUUCUCUUGUAACUGCUAUUGCGUCUCUUGGUGCUGCCGCAGUGGCAGAUUUCCGCACGCGGAACACAGAGGUUAUGCAUGGCGGUUCAGAGCUCUCUAAGGCCCACCCUUAGCACAAAUGUCACCUUCACCCACAGUCUCUGGCACCCCUCUGAAUCUAAUGUUUUGGCCGGGUUUACAGAGACACCCCUGUCUUUGUCAAUAGUUGUACCUAAUCUGUGAGGCCUCCCUCUCCUCCUGUACCUUCUUAUGCAAAGUGCCAAUUUCGGCCUGGGUCUUAAAGCCAGACGUGUCCCAGAUCAACGAGCAGCCUCUUUUUAUAUAUCCCCUUCGUGGAAGGUAAGGAGUCAUCAUCUGACUCAGAAGAAUUGCAUGCUUCACCUGGACAGGGAGAGGUAAGAGAUUUCUCCUCCUCAUUGGAGUCUUCUGAGAUCUCUGGGGUGCUCUGAGCCUUGGGUGCCAUUUUGGAUUGUGGUGUCGGUGCAGGCCCCCCAAAGGAGAGCCUGAUGUCGGGAAGUUUGACCAUCUCUGGGUGUUGGUGUCGCUUGUGCUUGCCCCCCAUAUUGUCCUCUGUGGGGUGCUUCUUGAAAGUGGUCUCUGGGUUAUUUUUGACCAAAUUGCCUCUGGUGUGUGAGGUCGGAACGGAGCCCCACAGAAUGCGUCUUGUCUGCUUCACGGUCGGCCAUGCCCCCAUAUCUGUAGCAUUUUAAGUGAUCAAAUGCCAUUUUUAAAUCUGCAGUUUCCAAAUUGACAUUUAAGUUUAUUUGUUUAUUGAAAAUAUUUCAUGUAAUUAUGGAAAAUCAUAGAAAAUUAUUAGUGUGAGGAAUCCAUUUAUGUAUGUCUUAUUAAAGUAUGUGGAAAGUGGUGCAGGUUUCAUGUUGGUGAUUUUUUUUUUUUAAUUUUUUUGCAGACAGAGUGUGGGUGUCAGUUCACAUCAAAGCUGGAAGGAAUGUUCAGAGAUAUGAGCAUCUCAAACACCACUAUGGAUGAAUUCAGGCAACAUUUGCAAACUACUGGGGUGAGAUUUACUUCAAUGUUUGGACUUUUACUUCAUGCAUUUGUGACUGAAGUUCAAAGUGCUUGCUCCUUAAAUUGUCAUGUUCCUCUUGCAAACUCUUUGCAACUUGUCACUGAUACCUGUUUCUCUGACUUUUGCAUUCCAGGUGUCUUUAGGCGGAGUUGAUCUCACAGUCAGAGUGCUUACCACUGGCUAUUGGCCUACACAAUCAGCCACACCAAAGUGCAAUAUCCCACCAGCUCCCAGACAUGCUUUUGAAAUAUUUAGAAGGUAAAAUCUUAAAACAAACCACAAUUUAAAGUGUAAUAAAACUGCCCUUUUCUUUAAGAUUUUGUUGUGUUUUUUUUUAAUUUUAUUUGUUUUUUUUUUAUGAAUAGACGUGUGUUUACCUUGGUUUUAAUUUUUAGUUGAGUUGCAUGAUCCAAACUUUCUUCUUUAAAAAAAACCCCACUGUUUUUGUUUUUGUUUUGUCAUGGCUCCAGUUGCCAAUAUUAUGGCAUCCAACAGAUGGACACGAAAGAUAAAUUAAUAAAGUGGGUAAUGGGACUUGUAUAACUACAUCUCCUGUGGACAUUUUAACUUCAGAGCAUACAAAUACACCUAACUGCAAAUUAUCCAGUAGUGAAUUAUUAAAAAAUUUAAUGUUUUUUUUUUUUCUUCAGGUUUUAUCUUGCUAAACACAGUGGUCGACAGCUCACAUUGCAGCAUCAUAUGGGCUCUGCAGAUCUUAAUGCCACAUUUUAUGGACCUGUAAAAAAAGUAAAUAUGUGCUACAUGUUUUUUUGAUUAGUCUUUAAUCAUUAUUAGUUCAGUUGAGGGGAAUACAGAAUAUUUCUCGUGAGACUGACUGUUCAAAUAUAAUUGUUGUUCAAAUAUAACAAUGUAAAAUAAAUGCAAGGUUCAUAAAGCAAUAAAAGGUUGUGUGCUAUGUUAAAGGACCGCUAUAGUCACCCAGACCACUCCAGCUCAAUGAAGUGGUCUGGGUGCCAGAUCCCCCAGGUUUUAACCCUGUAGCUGUAAACAUAGCAGUUUCAGAGAAACUGCUCUGUUUACAUUGCAGGGUUAAUCCAGAUUCUAGUGGCUGUCUAUCUGACAGCCGCUAGAGGUGCUUCCGCAACACUCAAUGCGAAAAUCGCAUUGAGCAUGCAGAACAUCCAUAGGAAAGCAUUGAGUAAUGCUUUCCUAUGGUCGGUUUGUAUGCGCGAGCGGCUCUGGCUGCUCAUUUUGCUCCAGUUGGAGGGGGAGGAGAGGUCACCAGCGCUGAGGGAUCCUGGCGCUGCACCCUUCAGCCCAUUGGGUGUGGGGACCUAAGGACUAUAUAGUGCCAGGAAAGCAAGUUUAUUUUCCUGGCACUAUAGUGGUUCUUUAACACAAAUAUCACUCUAAAUGCUGCAAACUUUUUUUUUUUUUCUUUUUUUUUUUUUUUAACAAUCUUUAUUUAAAGUGGUUUUUGACCCCAAAAAAUUAAAUGGUAACUGGACAGGAGGCCUACUACAGCCAUAAUAGUACAAUAGUAUUCCUACUCACAAAUCACACCAAUAGUGGGCGUAGAUGUAGUAAGCAAACCUUUUUAUGUACCAGUCAAUAUGCAUAAACAAUAUAUAAAUCAAAAAUAUAUAAAGAAAUGCUGUUGAUAUAAUUAUUAAUUAGUAGUAUGGUGACCAGGUGUUGCAGUACCCUAUGCAUCUUUCGCCACACCUCCUCAAUGGGAAGUCAAUUAUCAGGAUCAUAUUUUCUAUAUAGAUAUAUAACGUUAUACUGGAGCCUCCCAAUCUGUCCUUUUUUCUUAGAGUGGAAAUCCAUGCUUGAAGAGCAAAAACCCAAGCAGUAACAUAAUUAGAACCUCUUUGGCAUUCAAAUUUAAAUGUGUGAAUGUAGGAAAUCUUUCCAAUGCAUCUACCAAAAAUAAGUUUGAUCAAACCUAAUUUAUGUUGUUUUUUUGUUUUGGUUGGUUGUUUUUUGGUUCAAAUUUUUCCACAAAUUGAGGGUGAAAAUACUUUUUCGCCUUUGAUUAGGCAACUGUUAUCCCAUAUAUUACUAUUGCAUCCUUGAAUCUUCUGGUUGUAUCAAUUAUAGUGGUUUAUGAAAAAAAAAGUUUCAUUUGGGAGCUAUGGCCCAUGUUGAACCACAGCUUUGAAAAAUUGUGCAACAAGUUCAGGUUAUAUUUUACUCUUACAUCUUGUUGUACCAGGAGGAUGGCUCGGAAGUUGGUGUUGGAGGAGCUCAGGUCACUGGCUCGAACACACGGAAACACAUUUUGCAAGUGUCAACCUUCCAGAUGACGAUAUUAAUGCUCUUCAACAACAGAGAAAAAUAUACUUUUGAGGUAUGGUGGGUCAGGUCAUUUUUUGAUGUCCCUCCAUAAUUGUAUUUUUGAAAGCAUACUUUUUUUAAAGAUGAGCACUGACUAAAUCUGUGUGUAUUUAUUAAUCGGGGAUUGUGUUUGUAUGUGUGUGUGUUACUGUAGAAUUGUAUCAUUAACCUUUUUUUUGUCUCUUCUUUUAACUGCUGUGAAUUUAAGGUUUCAUAAACUUACUAGCUAUGAUGGGAAAUCUCUAGGCUGUAACGCUUUCUAUUCUAGCAUUGUGUGAAAUUAAAUAAAUAAAUGUGCUGCGAAGUAAAAAUCGUUAUAAUUUGGAUUUUUCUACAGGAAAUACAACAAGAGACAGACAUACCAGAACGAGAACUUGUGAGAGCUUUGCAGUCUCUGGCCUGUGGUAAACCCACUCAGCGGGUUCUCACAAAGGAGCCCAAGUCAAAAGAAAUAGAGAGCGGUCACAUGUUCACAGUCAAUGAUCAGUUCACUUCCAAAUUACACAGAGUUAAGAUUCAGACAGGUAUGUAAUGACAGAAUAUCCUAAUACUUUCUUGACCAUUUCAGUCUGUUUUAAGCUUUCCUUAUGUGGGAUAGAAUUAUAUGAAGCGACCCAACUUGUAUCUUGCAUAAUAUAUCUAAAAAUAUAACCUACAAUAUACAAAUAUAAUAAUCUCCAGCCUCUGUGCUGGUCCAGCUCACACACAGUGUUUCAAAAAAGAGAGCACUCACUGGUCUUGUGUAAGUAUAUACAAUUUAGCCUUUUUAGUAAAUGUAAUAAAGUAAAAUAUUAAUGUUUCAUUCCAUAAGGACUUUUCUCAAGACACUGUUCACCAUGAUAUUUGCUGAAGUACAACAUCUCACCAUAAAAAUGAGGGUGACGCCACCCCAGAACAAAGUGAAAAAAAGUUCAAGGAAUAUUGGUAUAGAGAAUUUUUACACCUGUGGAAGCCAGAACAAAAUCUAAAAUGGAGGAUUUCAAUUUUUCAGAUUUUCUAUCCCUGCCAGUGUGUAUUUUACACAUAUAGGGGUUGUCAUAACACCAUCAAACCAUUUUGCAAUUGGAUCAAAUAAUCAGUUUUUCACCGAGACUAUUGGAUGCUCUCAAGGUCUGUCUCUCUCCCCCCUCUUUUCCCCUACUCUCUUUCCCCUCCUCUCUCUUUCCCCUCCUCUCUCUUUCCCCUCCUCUCUCUUUCCCCUCCUCUCUCUUUCCCCUAUAAGAUUUGGAUAUACUUGCCCGGGGCUUGUCAAGCAAAAUAUAAAAAGGAAUCCAGAUAGCACUCUCAGGACUGUUAAAUCAAAUAAAACUUAGCUUUUAAUGAGCUUGUAAAAAAGAAUCAACGUUUUAGUCUGUUAAACACAGACUUUCAUCAGGACUCGGAUAAAGAUUUGUAUUCUUAAGUGCAUUAAUAUCAUAAUGUUUAUCAUUAAUAUAUUAAGAAUAGUCCUUUUACAGAACUGACUCAGAAAUAUGAAUGUUUCAUCAUUUAAUUAAAUCAGUGCUAUAUGCAGCUGAUAAUAUUAGUCAUUAUAUGCAUUAAGGUCCUUUUAAAGUGAUGAAAUUUAAUUAUUCCAUAAGGGGAUAAUUGUAUUGCCAUUUUGCUUAUUUGGGUUACAUGGUCAUUUUGCAGUGGCUGCCAAACAAGGAGAAUCUGACCCUGAGCGAAAAGAGACCCGACAGAAAGUGGAUGAUGACCGAAAGCAUGAAAUAGAAGCUGCUAUUGUUCGGAUUAUGAAGUCUAGAAAGAAAAUGCAGCACAACGUACUAGUAGCAGAGGUAAUGGACUUGCAUUAACCUCAACUUGAAUGACUUUGACAAAUGUUUUAAAUUCAAAUGCUUGUUUUAGUCUCUGGAUCGACUGAGAGAAGAAAAUGUUUCCAUCUAUAAUGUGCAUUAUAUGUUAGACAUAUACACUCAUUUCACUUUCAAUGUCUGCUAGCUUACACAGAAGUCCUCUUAUGCAAAGUAUUUUUAAUCAAAAAAGUUAAUGUAGAAUAUAUUAAAAUCCACCUUUUCUUGAAGCAAACCAGUAUGCACCAAAUACAAUCUUUAGUUUUUGGGUUGUGUUUUUUUUUGUUUUUUUUUUUAGUAUAGUGGCACCCUAGAUGUUUGAGAGACAAGCUUCCUCCCCAUGAUUAGAAGGAAAUAAUUAGCCUUUUCUAUUAAAUUCUUUUUCAUUCUGUUCUCAAAUUAGUUUAAAAAAAUAUAUACUUGUCCAAUAUACCUUCGACAGUUGAAUUUUACUUUAUUUACCCCAGUUUUAUUACAAUCUUACAUUUUUAUAAUUGUAGUUGUUUUGUUGUGGCAAUGGCGUUUAUAACAGUGGUUUAAAAUGAUUUUUCUUUUUGUUAUUUUAGGUAACACAGCAGCUGAAAGCCCGAUUCCUUCCAAGUCCAGUUGUUAUUAAAAAGCGUAUUGAAGGACUUAUUGAGCGAGAAUAUUUAGCGAGAACACCUGAAGAUCGCAAAGUAUACACCUAUGUAGCAUAGAAAUUGCGUCCUGCUAAUUGAUUUAUUCUUGGACUUCAUACCCCUUCGCAUGAACUGGGAAGUUCUUUUAAAUCAUUAUGCGUUUGCGAACGCCAUCUCCUACUAAAUUACAGUACGUAUUCUAGAACGUGCACAACAAGCCUACAAGAAAUUUCAACAUUGGUAUCGCUUGGGGCCUUUCAACCAUUACUUUUGUAGAUAUCAUUUACACAGUUCUUAUGGGGAUUGUUAACAUGCAGGUUUUUUUUUCUCCUCUCUCAAUACUGUACUGAAAGAACAAACACCAAAAAAAUAAAAAAUUUAGAAAAAUGUCAAGUCAAUAAAAUUGUUGGGAUUUUACUCCCUACUCCCAAAUUUUAGUGAUGGUGUACGUCUAUUUAUGUAGAUAUGAUAGAGAUUUAUUUUAUUUGAGAAAAAAUGAAUUUGUGGGUGGGGUUGGAAAGUACCCUGCUUUUUCCCCCCUUUAAUAUUGCUUAUCUUGCGGUAAUUAAAGAUUUAAAACUACAGUAUCAUCCAUACUAUGACAGAUUGGUCUACCAUUGUUUGGGAUUCUUGUAGAAAAUGGUUCAGUAAGUGACUUGUUAAGAAAGAAUACAGUUCAAUGAUGCAUUGUAUCUUGCUGUGGCUGUCAUGCUUAUAAUGGACCUGCCAGUGUUAAAGGGUAUAGUUUGAUACUAAAUAUAAUUAAUUAAAGACUUCAGUUUGUUAAACAAAAAAAUCCAACCAAUUCAGAAGGAAGAGAACGUCUCCACACUCCUCCUGGGACCUGCUAAAGUGGGUGUGUUCCAUAAUCUGUUAAAACUUUGCUGUGUUAGUUUUACUCCCAGAUACUACUACACAGAUAACACAGAUAUCUGAUCUCUGUUAUUAAGAUUGAUAUUUUUUUUCUUUUUUUUUUCUGUGAAAUACAGUGUUUCCAUUAUGAUGCCAGCCUGUCUUUUCGGUUUAGUUACCAAAUUGAGGUGAAUUUAGGGAAUAUACUUAUAGCGGAUCCGUCAUACUUUGGGGGUCUUUACAUAUUUGGCAUCCCUGAGGGUAACUUCUCAGAUUAGGGUAUGGUGGCCAUGGGGUGCAGUGGAAAAGUAGGUUUACUUACUUGAAGCAGUCACUCAUGGCCACCAUUUUCCUCCUGCAAACCUUUCUUGGCUCCUGGCAACUCAUCUGCCAAGAGCUGCAUUUUUGAGCAUGCGUGAGAGCACAACACUGAGGUCUGUGUAGGAUGCCUUGAGUCUGCGGAAGCCUCAAUAUGUUAUGUCUCACAAUGAAUGAGACUAUGCCUGGAUCCCACUCUGUCGUAUGGGCAAGCCUUAGGUUGACAAAAGGCAACGUAGUCUUUACUUUGUCUUAUGGUAUCUUUGUAUUGUGUUGGACUAUCAUUGAAAUUCCAACAUAGUCAGCAUAAGUAUUUUGCAAAGAUUAUACUGUUAUGAAAUACACAGCCAAGCCGCUUUUAUAAAGUCAUAUUUUCCUACUCUCUUUUUUUUUUUUUUUUUUUUUUUUUUUACUUUUGCAAUUUGGCCAUUUUCUCACUAUGAAAAACAAAAAUUUAAAUGGUGUUUCCCUUUUCCUUUUUUUUUUCUGCCUCCCUUUCCAUCAUGUGAUCCAGGUUUUUUGUUUGUUCCAUCAUUUGGUACUAUGGUAUAACCAUACUUUUUUAUCUACGCUGCAGUCAUGCAUGUUGAUCUCUUACGUGAAAUAAAAAGUAAUAUAUGUAUAUAAAAAUAUAUUUUUCUUUCCCUUUUUAUAUUUAAGUGAAAAUCCUAAUUUUAACUAGAGUACUGUUAAUUGACGCCAUGUCACAAACUCAUUAAUUGCAAUUUUCUUUCAGAUUAAAGUUUAAUGUACAAUACUAUACCAGUUUACUGUUAAAUAGGCAUAUUACCUCAACAAGGGUCUUAGGAAGAUGUGUCAGCAGACCAUUAAUGCCAAUGAAGUUCAAUUUCUCUGGAGAUUGUCCUCUAAAAGUUUGGGAGAGGCAAAAAGUCAUUUUAUUUCUGUUAGCAUUUUGUAAAUAUCUUCCUUGUUAAUAUAUGUGUGGACUUCCCUGUAUGCUUAUGCAUUUAUGCUGAACAAUUGCAAUAAAUAAGAUCUUUUAUCUUCCAUGUUUACAUAAUGUUGGAACAUAUUCAAGUACAGAUUUAUUUCACUAGAUAUGUACUUUAGUGGAAUUUGUUCUUGCAUAACCAAGGUAUACUGGUAUUUUGUUUUCACAGUGGUGCCCUGCCUUGGUUCUCCAGCUGUUGUUGGACUAUAGUUCCCAUAAUUUUCUACAAAGUAGCAGGUAGCGAAAUGCAGUCAAACAAUAGGUGGAAGCAAGGGUUGGGUUUCCAUGUUUGACAGAGUAAAUAUCGGUCACUGAAUUUUUUUUACUUUUUUUUUUUUUUUUUUAAACUCUCAAUAAUGAAAAUUAAAUGCUGAAAAGGAUUUGUAUUCAUCACCUCCCUUCAAACAAGACUACAAUGCAAGCCAUCUUUAGUAGACAAUUGGUCUACUCCAUAUUGUUAGUUAUUCAUGAAGCACAAUUAUACAUAUACAGUACAUCACAAAGUUUUUGCUUCCUGUUGGGUUGUGGUGAAGCUACUAUUGUCUUGCAAAUUAAUUCUAUUCUCCAAAGAAAACCUCUCAAAACGGCACCACUGCGUGGGAAUAGUCACUGAAAUUAACUGAAAGCCGCACCCAUCAUAGCAUUUAAAUGAAUUUUUCUCUCGAAAGCUUGUUCUUCCUCUUUUGUGGUCCUAAACACUGAAACGCAAACAUAUGCAUGCUAAAAUUUGUAUAAUACAGAGGACAUUUCAUCUGCUUUCCCUUCUAGUAGUCUGAUUUGCUCUUCAGCGAUAACCAUGGGUUCUUCGAACAGUUUUGUCUUGGUGAUCCUCAUACGUACCCAUGGUCUUUCUUUCAGCAUUGACAAAUAUGUGAAGUACAAAAUCAUGUAAACAAUUUGUGCUUUAUGCAACUGUUGUGCACUGUAAGUGAAUAGAAUUAAUGCCAAAUAUAGAAUUCAGGUAUAAGUUAUUGGACCCAGUGGUCAUCAAUUGGCAGAAUGUGGCUUUUUUUAGCUGAACAUACAUCUAUUGUUCAGAACGCGGAUUGUAAUUACUUCUGUUCUAGUCUCUCUGUCAUUAAUAAUGUUACUUUUCUCAUUUAAAUCCAGCUACCUUUAUUUUGUCAUGGAUCAGGUUUUUAUAUAGCCUUAAAAAAAAUUGGAAAAAUAAACGUGAUAAUAAAGUUACACUAUGUGAACUGUGAACAAA